GUUUCACUUUUCAAGAUGGCCGCCGCAUCAGCCCGGGGUGUCUCCGCGCUCCGUAGCUGCUGCCUCCUGGGACACCCGGUAAGAGACCGCCUUUCACCGCCCGUUUCCCGCGGUGUGAGCUCUCUCCGCUCCCUCCCGGCCGGGUUGCGGGUGCCUGAUUCCUCUCCAGGCUCCUCCCGGGGCCGCAGCCCGACCUCCUGCCAGGCCCUGGCCUGAGGCCUACACCGCCUGAGCGAGCCGGGGACUCGCGUACUCCUCCUAGCCGGAUAGUGCUCGCAGGGGGCUGCCGCCCCCCCGGGGGAAAUACACCGGCCCAAUGAUCACCUGCUUCCCUGUAUAGCGAUGUGGAGUAUGUCCAUGGACAGACACUGAGAUACCGGGCACUCUGCUGCCAGCAAUGCCCUGUGUGUAUCCAGGGACAGUGAGUGUACAUAGAUCACACUGUGUGUGUGUGUAUCCAGGGACAGUGAAUGUACAUAGAUCACACUGUGCGUGUGUAUCCAGGGACAGUGAGUGUACAUAGAUCACACUGUGUGUGUGUGUGUGUGUGUGUGUGUGUGUGUAUCCAGGGAUAGUGAGUGUACAUAGAUCACACUGUGUGUGUGUGUAUCCAGGGACAGUGAGUGUACAUAGAUCACACUGUGUGUGUGUGUAUCCAGGGACAGUGAGUGUACAUAGAUCACACUGUGUGUGUGUGUAUCCAGGGACAGUGAGUGUACAUAGAUCACACUGUGUGUGUGUGUGUAUCCAGGGAUAGUGAGUGUACAUAGAUCACACUGUGUGUGUGUGUGUGUAUCCAGGGACAGUGAAUGUACAUAGAUCACACUGUGUGUGUGUGUAUCCAGGGACAGUGAGUGUACAUAGAUCACACUGUGUGUGUGUGUGUAUCCAGGGACAGUGAGUGUACAUAGAUCACACUGUGUGUGUGUAUCCAGGGACAGUGAGUGUACAUAGAUCACACUGUGUGUGUGUAUCCAGGGACAGUGAGUGUACAUAGAUCACACUGUGUGUGUGUGUGUGUAUCCAGGGACAGUGAAUGUACAUAGAUCACACUGUGUGUGUGUGUAUCCAGGGACAGUGAGUGUACAUAGAUCACACUGUGUGUGUGUGUGUAUCCAGGGACAGUGAGUGUACAUAGAUCACACUGUGUGUGUGUAUCCAGGGACAGUGAGUGUACAUAGAUCACACUGUGUGUGUGUAUCCAGGGACAGUGAAUGUACAUAGAUCACACUGUGUGUGUGUGUAUCCAGGGACAGUGAAUGUACAUAGAUCACACUGUGUGUGUGUGUGUAUCCAGGGACAGUGAAUGUACAUAGAUCACACUGUGUGUGUGUGUGUAUCCAGGGACAGUGAAUGUACAUAGAUCACACUGUGUGUGUGUGUAUCCAGGGACAGUGAAUGUACAUAGAUCACACUGUGUGUGUGUGUAUCCAGGGACAGUGAGUGUACAUAGAUCACACUGUGUGUGUGUGUAUCCAGGGACAGUGAGUGUACAUAGAUCACACUGUGUGUGUAUCCAGGGAUAGUGAGUGUACAGACACACUGUAUGUGUGUAUCCAGGUAUAGUGAAUGUACAUAGAUCACAGUGUGUGUGUGUGUGUAUCCAGGGACAGUGAGUGUACAGGCACACUGUGUGUGUGUGUAUCCAGGGACAGUGAGUGUACAGGCACACUGUUUACAUAGAUCACACUGUGUGUGUGUAUCCAGUCAUAGUGAGUGUACAGGCACACUGUUUACAUAGAUCAUACUGUGUGUGUGUAUCCAGGCUCACUGUUUACAUAGAUCACACUGUGUGUGUUGUGGUUAUGGUUGUGUGGCUGCACUGAUUACCAGUGAUACUGAUUGUGCUGCACUCUGUGUGUGUGUGAGAGACUGACUUAUAAACAACUUUCUUUUUGUAUUACAAUGAUUUAGCCACCACCAGCUCUGAGACACCAGCUAUUCUUUCAAUGCAUCUCUGGUAGCUGGCACUACUGUUGUGUUUAUGGGCCCACCUGUGCGUUCUGUGUGUUCAUGUGCCCAUCUGUGUUUUUCCAUCUGUCCAUAUGCAUAGCCAUCUUAUCCCAGUCUCUGUGCCAGAGAUGCAUCUGUCUGCUAAUAUUUCCUGGUACACUGUUAGUGUGUGUUACCAAUUACCCGCUUGUUGAUCAUGUUUUCUCAGUUUGUAUCAAAGCCUCUGCCUAUACCUAUAUAUUGUUGCUUUUGAUGAUUAGGUGAAAUAAAUGAUUGACAAUGUGAAAUUUAUAGGAAGUCAGCUUCUGUGUAGAUGUGUUAUUUUAGCAACACAGAUAUAAUAAUAUUAUUAUUAUUAUAUUUGUAAGCAUAGCGUGAGGUUUUGCAAUAUGUGUAUAAUGUUGGAAUUACCUGUGUAUUUACACGUUCGUGAGCAAUUUGAUCUGUCUGCCCUACUGUGAUGUUGGUGCUCGGUUUUAUCUCUGUGUAGUACUCACCUGUUACUGUACACUCCACAUGUCUAAACUUCAGCAUUUGAUAGUGUAGGUCUUACAUGAAGUACAUGUGCACCCCCCUCUCUACUUGACAACUGAGGGCUGGACAAAUAAAUAUAGCAUUUUAAUCUGUUUUGCUAAUGGGGUCUGUUUGCUAAGCACAGAAUUCUAGUGACUUGAAAAACAAACUAAAACAUUUAGGCCAAAAUAUCUGAUAUGAAAAAAUACUUAAGUUGGGUUGUUUAAGCCUCAGCUAUGUUAUUUGGUGUUAAGUGAAUAAACCCAUGUAUUUAUGUACACUUUUUUUUUUUUUUUUCACUUAAUGCUCAUAGUUAGUGUUAUCACUUGACUUCCAGUCUAUGCAGAACUGUAUGUGGUGUAACAAAAAAAAUUCAUUUUCAUCUACUGUAGCCAUAGUCUUAAGUUAAAAUAUCACAUUUUCAUCAGUUUUCAGUUGUGCAGAAUAAUGCGUAGUCCACAUUUUAGUGAUAACUAGUAAUGCUUUUUUUCUUUGGUUCUGAUUUCCUUGUACUAGAUGUUUUGUCUUUGCUAUAUUUUUCCCAAGUAUGAUCUUUUUUUCUUUAUCUUCCCUUCAGGUUUGAACCUUUCUCCCUUGGCACCAUUGUACAACUGUAUCCAGCAGAUACAAGCGAAUAUCAACUGCAUCCCAUCUUCUUUUCUUGUCUAUGUAUCAGUGCCCUUGGACUUUGGUGAGACUGGUGUGACUGUGGGCUAGCAUAUGCUAUGUUGAGCAGGCUUCUGGUCAGUGCCAGCCUCCUUUCCUCCUUCCAGGACCAGGGCUAAACCUCUAUGGAUAUACAGUCAUCAUGGUGAAGUUGGCAAAUCCUCUGUACACGCAAUGGAUUCUGGAGGCAAUCAGAAAGGUGAAGAAGCAGAAACAGCGUCCAUCAGAGGAGCGUCUUUGCAAUGCCGUGUCCACAUCCCAUGGUCUAGACCGCCACACAGUCUUGGAGCAGCUGGAGCUGAGUGUCAAGGAUGGGACCGUCCUUAAGGUCACUAAUAAGGGUCAAAACUCUUACAAAGACCCUGAUAAUCCAGGCCGUUUAGCCCUACCCAAAACUACUCGGAAUCCAGGGCGGCCAGAGGGCGUAGACUGGCACAGACUCUUAAGGCGGGCACUGGAAGGAUUAUCUGAACCAGGGGGUUCCUCACUGAAGAAUAUUGAGCGUUUCCUGCGGAAUCAGCGGGAUGUAGUUGCAGUGUAUGGUGGCAACACAGGGGCAGCAUCAGCAUUUCAUCAGCAGCUGCGCCUUGCUGUUAAAAGGGCAUUGGGCCAUGGUAGAAUUAUGAAGGAAGGUUCACUCUAUAAGUUGAAUGCAAAGGUGACAGAAGGCAGGCAUGGGUAUGAGUCUCUGGCCUCAUUGCCACCUGUGUGUCUGCUGCCCCAUGAAAAGGACAAGGUAAGAAGACACACAUUUAACUUUGCAGAUUUAUACCAUUUUAUUAAGUAAGCUUAGUCACCUGGUACAAGAUGUAUACAGUAAGCACAACUGAUUUUUUUCUUUUUCCUUUACCUAGACCUUUACCACUGUUUGUAUUGUGUAUCAGUUUCAUUUCCUUGCUAUGUGAACUGUUGAACCAUGUGGUGACUGUUUUUACUAAUAAUCGAGUUGAAGGGCACCUGUCGUGCCCCAAACAACUUCUGCUCAUUGGACUGAGCAUAAGAUUUUAUCUAUAGAUUGUGCUAGCAGUUUUGCUCCUGGCUGUCAGUCAAUGUCUCAGCAUGUCAAGGCAUCGACUGACCAGGGAGAACAGAAAAGACCUCCACAGGAUGUUCCUCUUCUCUGCUCCCUCAGCACAUGCGCUGCGGUUGCUAUUGAAAUUCUCUAGCCUGCACUUCUAGCGCUGGCUAGAGAGCUUGGGAAAGGAGUCAUCUGACGUCACUCCAUUCCGACACUGACAAUGAAGCCGACGUUGCUGAAGAGAUUUGUCUUACUCGGGGAUGCAUCCCAAGUAGGGCAAAACAAAGAAGAACAGAGGUGGAAUGGAGGACAGCCAGGAGGUUUGUGUUAGAGUAACACCCGUGAUGCAGCGCUGGAACAGAGGAAAAGUGAGUAGAUCUUUAUAUUUUACUUUGAAGACACCAUGUGUAUUAUUUGUAUAUAAAAAUGAUUUAAGGUAAGUCUAUUUUUUCUAUUACAGGUUCACUUUAAAGGGACACUAUAGUCACCCAGGUUUUAACCCUUUAGAUGUAAACCUAGCAGUUUCAGAGAAACUGCUAUGUUUACAUUGCAGGGUUACUCCAGCCUCUAGUGGCUGUCUUUCUGACAGCUGCUAGAGGCGCUUCUGCAACAGUGCAUGUGAAAAUCGCAUUCAUCGUGCAGAACUGUUUGAAUGCGCGCGCGGCUCUUGCCGCACAUGCGCAUUCCGCUCCACUCGGGAGCCAACGUCUGAGUGGGAGGAGAGGUCACCAGCGACGAGGGAGCCUGGCGCUGGAUUAAAGUAACUGAAGGGGUUUUAACCCCUCCAGCGCCGAGGGAGGGCAUAGGGGUUUUAUAGUCUCAGGAAAACGAGUUUGUUUUCCUGACACUAUAGUGAUCCUUUAAGGGUAUAUUUUGUGUUUUUUAGUUGAUUUACUUUGUAGAUGUUUUAUAAUCGUUUAAUAGUUUGGAACCUUGGCGCACUCAAAGUACCAUAACAAACAGUUGAUUAUUAUGGUGCCAGUAGUGAAACUGUUUAAGUUAUAGCCAGUGAGUCUGUGCAGCAGGACUUACUUUGCAGGAGACAGUGGAGCUAUUGGUUGUUCCUUCAAGAGCUUCUGGCUCCAGAUGAGGCAGUGAUGGGUGCCUCACAUACGCCAGGUGAAUUUUUAAAGGAACGCUCCAAGCAUGAUAACUACGACCGUGCACUGUAGUGGCUAUAGUGCCAGAAAUUUCCUGGAACCCCCUAGAGUAAAUAGUCACAAUGUUUUAGAAUGCUAUGACUUCUUACCUGAAGUUCUUCAGGCACUGCUUCAUGCAAUUCUGCAUCCUUACAAAGCGCUAUAAGCACGGUUGUGCGAGACUUAGCUCAUUGUCCCCCUUUUGAAUGUGCCAUGAACUCUCAAGGCUUAAUGUGACAAGCAACCUUUAGACCUAGGUAGUAGUUUAGGACUUGAGGAUUUGAGUCCUGCUUCUAAAUAAGCCCAUUGCAUGUGUGUAGCUCUAUGCCAUCAUAACUCAUUCAGAUAUGCAGUGACAAUUUGCACACACUUUCAUAUAUACCAUGGCAUUUAACAGUACACUUGUCCUGUACACAUUUGCAGUCACUGGUGCCUCAUGCAUAAACCUUUCCAUUCACGUGUACACUGGCGCAAAGUGAUUUAAAAACAAAACAAAACAAAACAAAACAAAAAACCCUCUUGGUCAAAAACAAAAUAAUGCUUUAGCGUAGGGGUCCUUGAACUUUUUAUACAGGGGGCCAGUUCACAGUCCCUCAGACACUGCUGAGGGCCGGACUAUGAAAAUUAUGAACGAAUUCCUAUGCACACUGCACACACGCGCAUAAGGACAUAAAUGCACACACACAUACUGACAUACAUACAGAUACGUACACAUAUUGGCAGAUACAUACAUACAUACAUACAUACACACAUACAUACUUUUUUUGUAGGAGGGUGGCUGUGGCUCACGGGAGUCGGCGUGGCUCCCGUGGCCUGGCGCGGAGGGAGCUGGGAGGAAGUGACCACCGGCCGUUUAGGUGACUAGGGCUUUAUAGUGCUAGGUGUCACCGUUUAGGUAACUAGGGCCCUAUCUCGCGGCGAAUAAAUGGUUAAUUAAGCAUUUCUUUGCUUACCUUAAUAAAGCGCCAGGCUCCCUCGGCACUGGUGACCUCUCCACCUCCAUUGACGUCAGCUCCCGAGUGGAGCCGAGUGCACAUGCGCGGCCAGAGGCUCCCGCAUUCAAACCCGCCCAUAGGGAUCUUUUUUGACGCUGGACUCUGUGAGGACGUCCUGCGUCAAAUAAGUGCGAUUUACUCUGUGUAAAUCGCGGAAGCAGCCUCUAGUGGCUGUCAGGACGACAGCCACUAGAGGCUGGAUUAACCUUGCAGUGUAAACAUAGCAGUUUCUCUGAAAUUGCUAUGUUUUCAGCUGCAAGGUGAAAACUAGGGGGACCUGGCACGCAGACCACUUCAUUGAGCUGAAGUGUUCUGGGUGCCUAUAGUGGUGCUUGAAGUCCCAAUGACUGCUUUUACAUUUUUAUUUUAUGAUCAGCUUGUUAGAGCAGGAUGCUUAAAGGAACACUAUAGUGUCAGGAAUAUAAACAUUUUAUUCCUUGAGACUAUAGUGCUGGUAUGCCGGCCGCCCUCUGUCUGGAGAUAAAAGGUAGUGUUACUCACCUUUUCUCACACGCCGCUCCUUUCUUGCAGGGCUGGCUCUGCUUCUGUGGCUGGGAUCAUCAAUCUUGAUGAUCUCCGCCAAUCCAAUGUUUUCCCAUAGCAAAGCAUUAGGAGGCUAUUGUGCAUGCCCAUGCUGCGCCUACCAGCAUUUUCUCCUUGAAUCAGUCUCAGGGGAAAAGUUCAGCAUUAACAUGCAAAGUGUGGAGACUCUAAACGCAAGGACUGCACGUUGUGCAGCAGUGGACAAGGAAGCACCUCUAGUGGCUAUCUGAGUUAUUGCCACUAGAGGUGUUACUCGGCAGCAAUGUAAACACUCUCUUUUCUCUGAAAAGGCAGUGUUUACAGUGCCUGGCCUGCAGGAACAUGCUUUAAACAUUAGAACCACUAUUUUGAGCUUUAGUGGUUCUGGUGACUAUAGUAUCCUUUUUAAUAAACCCUGUUUUUUGUUUACAAGAAUGCCAGUAAUGUGUAUUUUUUUGGGGGGGGGUUAUAUCCCUACAUUAGAAUUGUGCUGUGGAAUUUUUUUGCACUAUGUAAAUGUCAAUAAAAAAAGCUUAUUCAUGUACCUUUUCUUAUUCUAAAAUGCACACAUGUGAAUUAGAAAACUCAUUAAAGGGAAACUCCAGGCAACAUAACAACUGAAAUGAAAAUGUUAUGGUAGAAGGAAGUCCCUGUCGUCAGCUGACACAAAGCUCCUACCAGUGGUGCCCGUUUCAGUGUUUACUGAUUUAAAGCUUCGGAUUGGAAUUGAAGUGAAGGGACAGAGCUGGCGGGUACCAGAAUGAAGAAUUUUUAGUUAACCUGUUCAUUAAUAGUUUAAAGGGACACUAUAGUCACCAAAACAACAACAGCUUAUUGAAUUUGUUCUGGUGAGUAGAAUCAUUACCUUCAGGCUUUUUGCUGUAAACACUGUCUUUUCAGAAAAAAUGCAGUGUUUACAUUACAGCCGAGUGAAAACUUUACUGUCCACUCCUCAGAUAGCUGUUCGAGAUUCUUCCUGGGUCAUGGUUACCUAAAAUGCAUCCAAACAUUCAGUAUCUCCUCCCUCUGCAUGCAGACACUGAACUUUCCUCAUAGAGAUUCAUUGAUUCAGUUCAUCUCUAUGAGGAGAUGCUGAAUGGCCAGGGCUGUGUUUGAAUCAUGCUGGCUCUGCCACUGAUCUGCCUCCUUGUCAGUCUCAGCCAAUCCUAUGGGAAAGCACUGUGAUUGGAUCAGACUACCUCUUCUGAUGAUGUCAGCAGACUGUUUGUUUUUCUGAGUCUAACAGCAUGCAGAGUUACAGCUUCAGGCUUGCAUACAGUAAGAUUUUUACUAUAUUUAUGGAGGCAUGAUGGGCCAUAGGGGCUAGAUGGUGGUUUUAACACUAUAGGGCCAGGAAUACAUGUUUGUGUUCCUGACCCAAUAGUGAUCCUUUAACCACUUGAGGUAAGCUGGCACAAACAGCAGACAUCAUGGACAGAGGAGAGCAAAAUGGCUGCUCACAAAUAUUGAGAUCCAGCACAAGAAAAGAAAAUAUAGAUAAAGGCAAGUGGAGGGAGUAUAAUCAUUGAGAUAUAAGGAAAGAAUACCAAAAGGGGGAAAAAAAAGACAUAGCUUCUUCAUACACACUGGCAGGAUAAUGGCAUUUAAGAAUAUGGAAUUACUCUUAAAGGGACACUAUAGUCACCCAGACCACUUCAGCUCAAUGAAGUGGUCUGGGUGCCAGGUCCCUCAGGUUUUAACCCUUCAGAUGCAAACAUAGCCGUUUCAGAGAAACGGCUAUGUUUACAUUUGGGGUUAAGCCAGCCUCUAGUGGCUGUCUUCCGGACAGCCACUAGAGGCGCAUCUGCGACACUGAAGGCAUAUUAUGCCUCCAUGGCGCAGAGCGUCCAUAGGAAAGCAUUGAGAAAUGCUUUCCUAUGGACACUUUGAAUGCGCACGCAGCACUUGCCGCGCAUGCGCAUUCAACUCCACUGACGUCGGAUGGGGAGGAGAGGUCACCAGCGCUGAGGGAGCCUGGCGCUGGAAUAAAGUAAUGUGUCUGAUUAAUGUGGCGCUGCUAAUAAUUUGUGUCUGAACGCUGUUCUAAUGAAAGUAAACAAAUAGUGUAUUUGUUUACUUCCAUUAUAAUAGUGUAAUUCUCUCUGAAAAGUAUUUUAAUUGCUGCUGUUGUGUAAUACCUGUUGCAGGUUUUAACAAGGGUUGAACGCUAGAAGUUGUACUACAAUAAUUUCAUGCUUUAGAAGUGUCCCAGACUUACGGAAUUGGUUCUCAGGUGUCAAAUGGAAAUUACAAUAGGAAAGAAAGACACCAAACACUGACCUGGAUGUAAAGAGUAUCUUUCCUGGUACUGUGUACCCAUUGCCAUGGUAACUGUUACCAGGGCUGCCAGAAGAUUAACAUUAUUUACAGCUGACGAAAGUAGACACUACUGCAAUGUGGACAAAAAAACCCAAAAAACAGGAUGUGUCUGAGGAUUGUUCAAGGUGGACAAUCAAUGUGUGAAACACUGUUCAGUGUCAUAAGAUAGGUCUCCGGCAAAGAGCAGCAACCACCAGAAUCCUAUUUGUUGUUAUAAUGAAUGACAUGGCCUGCGUUCAAUAGUACUGGAAAUCUAGGACUUUAGGUUAUUGUUACACUUGUAUUGAAUUACAGUGCAUUGUACAUGUCAUUAUUUAUUAAUCAUGGUAAAAGGGACAAAUUGUAAAAAUAUAAUUAUAAACUGCGAUGCAUGUCCUAUCACUAGCCUUUUAGAUAUGCAUUAUAUUGAUUUUGGUAUAAAUCAGCAAGGAUAUGCAGUGCAUAAGCCUAACAUAGAUGAAUAAUAGGUAGAGAGGUGGAAAAAUAUAGGUUGUACAUCACUGAUAAAUGUGACUAUUUUUACAUAUGUAUGUGACAAGCUAUCUUAGGUCUAGGCACAACUGUAGGAUACAUGGCUUGUGGCGGGUUAAUGGGUGUGUAGUGUACCCACAUUGAUCCCAGGAGCCGAUACCAUUAUAUACUGAUGGGAUAGUUAGGGAGUUGUGUAGCUGAAGUCUCGGCAUAUAUGCCCAUGUUAGUUUAAGGUGAAGAUGCAGUGAUUUGCAUAGAAGUGUUUAAUCCCAUAGACAUAAUGUCUAGUGGUUUUAGAUUGAUUGGAUGUAACUGGUCGCUAGUGAAGCUACUUGAGCUAGUGGUAGUACUCUAUGCUUUGAAUGCCGUUACCCCUGACCUAGGGAGUAUCGGAGGGGUGAGGACAAAAAGGUUCUAAACGUUGGUAGAACUAUCUGUUCCGGAUAUGGCUACACUGAUCUAGUGUGAGUAACUCCAAACUGGGACAAUCUUAUAUUGUCCUGAAAAAAACUGAGCAUAAAGUGCUGACAUGAUCUGGAUUUUGUCAUGGACCGUUAGACAUCUGAGCAUAACGACUUUGGGUGGAACCUUAGUGGACCUGGGUAGUCGAUAUAUCCCAUCAAUAGCCAGUUUCUUUACUAUUGUGUGAGGCAGAAUGGUGGCCAAUAAACACCUGAUGUAGUGUGGCAACUUGUUCCAUUGAGAUUUCCGCAGGGAUGCACCUUAUUUUUAUAUUGGUGAGACAACGUUCUUCUAUAGCUGUUAUGGCUCUCUGGUGGUACCAGACCCGCUGAACCGAAUGUGGGUCUGUAGAUCAGCAAUGUCCCUCUCGAAAGCCUGCACUCGGUUUGUAAUGGCUUUCAAAUCCGUUUUGAUGGGUGCAUAUUCCGCUGCCAGUAUUUUAUGGAUAUCUGACCGCAAAAUCUUCAGACCGUGCCUGGAGGAUGAUGUUGAGUCGUUGAUGGCUUCAGGCAACAGUGGUUGGUUGUGGUGCUCGAGUGUCCAAUGGGUUUGCUGGCCUCAGAUGGGUGAGUGAUUGUAGUGGCGCGCGGGACUUCCACGGGAGUGGUAUUCAGCUGCGUGGGCCUCUGUAGCAUGGCCCUGAUAUCCCUGCUGUCUGCUGCUGUAUGUGGUUUCUGUGAGCGACCGUUCAUAACUGGCAUGUGGGCUGUAGGAACAGGUGUUGUAGGGGAAGAUUGUUCUCUCACUCCCUUUACCGCUGUUCCACCAAAGAGUUCCUCCAGGCCCGAGAGUGUCAACGUGGUGCGCACCCCUGUUUUUCGCCUCUGCUUAGGCUGGUUGGGUGCAAGAAAGAAUGACAUCUAUUGCCUUAGAAAGUGCUGUAGAGUUCAGCUGGCAACUUUAGAAGGCUGGAUGGGCUAUCCAUAUCUAGAUAUUUGGUGAGCCUUAGGUGUGUGUGUGUGUGUGUGUAUGUAUGUGUGUGUAUAUGUGUGUGCGAGCAUUCAUGCCCGCAUUGGAAAGAUAGUGUCCAAGAGAUCAGGUUGAACGGAGGGAAGGCAUAGUGACUAGAAGGUGGCCACAUCGGUAGGAAAGCAUCUACUCCCAGCACUGCAGGGUCCGGCUGCCAACUGUAAUAUCUGGGUAGUUGGGUGUUCAGUCUGGACUCACACAUGAUUCAAACAGUGGAAGAUUGAACAGAUGCCAACCCUCCGCAUCCUGUAGGUAUCUGGAGUUCCAAUCCGCCCACGCGUUGUCCAAGCCCGGAACGUGCUCGGCCAUCACAGAUUGAAGUUUGGAUUAGUCCGUGGACCAUCUGCCACCUGUGGAAAGGUUCCCACAAGGCGCUCCCCAGCCGUGUAAGCUGGCAUCCGAUUCUUUGAUUACGUCCUGAGCGGUCCCGAAUAUCGCCCAACCGGUCCAUGCGGUCGAGCCACCACUUCAGUUCCUCCCUCGAUUCCACGUUUAAAACCAGUUGGCAUUUGUAAUAAUGAUACGAUUGAAGAUUGCUUGGAUCGACGAGGUAAGCAAACCUUUUAGUCGUGCCAACUGACGUGUGGAGAGGGAUGAAGCCCGAAGGGUAUGUCUGAUCUUCUUCUUGAUGGCCUUCAACUUCGCUUCCGGGAGGAAUUGGAACUGGGAAACGAGUCCACUUCAAAUCCCAGAAAUUCUGUCGAGCAGUCUCAAGGCCCAUUGCAAGGGACAUAAGAGUUGGUCGGGAGAAGUGGACAUAAGCAGGAUGUCGUCCAGGUAAAUUAUCAACCGAAACUCCACGCACCCGGAGGAAAGCCACCACCGGCUUCAUGAUUUUUGUGAGGCACCAGGGAGCCGAAGACAGUCUGAAGGAUAGACCGGUCCAUCGCCGUCCUUGCCACGUGAAAGGCAACCUAUCCCUGUGCUUCUCAGCUAUUGGGACUGUCAAAUAAGCGUCCUUGAGGUCCACUGUGACCAUCCAAUCUCCUGGAUGUAGUAGAUCCUGGAAGCAGUGAAUACCCUGCAUCUUAAAAUGUUGGUAAUGGAGGAAAGCGUUGAGGUGUUGCAGAUUUAUCACUGGGCGAACACCUCUGCCCUUUAAGGCUUCCAGGAACAAAUUGCUUUUGAAUCCUGGGGUCUCGUAUGGGACCUCUUGAAUUGUCCAUUUGGCAAUCUCCAAAGAAAUAAGGUCAGCUUGAUCCAUCAGCAUUGACCGUUCCCGGGGGAGGGGAGGCUGUGCCUGGAAAGGGGUAGAAAUCCGGUCGAGGCGAAAGCCCCUGACAGUGCGUAACACCCAUGAAUCUGUGGUGAUCAAACCCCAUGCGUUUGUAAUCAAAGCCAGUCUGCCCCCCACACUUAAUAGGGAAGAAAGUGGAGUCUUUGUACUCACAAUAAGGGCGUCUGUUGGUAGGUUGUCCCCAAUCCCCACGACUUGACCAGGGGCGUCUCCGAGACGGGAAGAAGGGCGCUGGCGUAUAAUCACAUUAGGGUCGCGGAGCAGCGUAGGAACGUCUGUGGGCCUGUGAUGGACCUCGAAAUCCCCGGCAGGGUGGACGGCUUCUAGAUCUCCCAGCCCCAGUGAAAACCUUACGGCCAAAAACCUGUUUAAGGUUUGAUUGCGCCUUAUCCAAGGCCAUAAAGGUCUUGGCAAAAAACCAGAGGUCCUUCACAAAGGAAUCCCCAAACAACAUGCCCUUCACUGCGGGACUGGUUCAAUACCUGCUAAAUUAACUAGUUUUGGCUCAAUUUAAGCAAAAUUGCCUUAUGGCAUACUGCUGACAGCGUGGUGUUCGCGUUGCCCAAGAGACCUAUCGGUCUCUGGACCCAGCCAAUGACCUCCUUAAAGUCAAGAGGGGCCUACCCCACCUUAGUAGUUCAAAAUGCUUGGAAGCUGGCCCCAGAGUUUCCAGGAUCUUAUUGUGACAAUUGUGCAGGGAGGUCUCCAACCCCUUUUUGGACUUCCACCCUGUGUAGGUCAGAAAUUGAAAGAUUCGAGGAUCAACCUCCGGUGUCUUACAUGCCGCUUCAAGGACAGAAGGCAUGGGGCAUUCAGCCCGCUAUUUGCUGCGGCUCUCUUUGGAGAGGGGGUAAGCAUACGCAAGGCCAGAUAUUUAGCAAUAUGUUCCGGUGUCUCCCAUUCUGCCGAACGAGGAUGACGGAGGUCGUCCAGGUCCUGGAUACCAUCCCCCAUCCCAGCUGACAGAUCGGUAGGACCACCAGACACAACCACAGGUGGCUGGGAGGGUGAUAUACCAGAACCCAUCCCUGGGUUGGAGUCAUCCUCCCCAUAGGAGGCAUAAUCAUGGUCAACCGACCCCGUAUUCCCACUCUGGUCGGAAUAUGACCCAUCAUCAUCUAGGGCAUAGCCUGUUUCUGGACGAUUUCACCUGGCCAGUGGCUCUCUUGCGCGGUGACAACGCGCCAUCUUGGACUGCCAGAGGCGAGUCAGUCAUAUCAGAUAAAACCUGCGUCAGUGGUAGAGGAGGCUGGUCUUUGCCCACGCCUUAUGGCUCACUUGGGCCGCUAGAUCAGGGCUGGUGGGGAGCGCAGGCAAUGAACCCUAUGUAUGUAAUAGGGCCUGUGCAAAGGAUUGUGAAAUGGAAGAGGACAUAGUCCCCAUCACAGAAGCCAGAGCCCUUUGACCGGAGCACAGGAGGGCCUGGAAUUCCUGGGAGUUCGUUUAAAAAGGGCUCAUGGUUGGGAUAAUUCGGGCCUGAAACCCAAUCACCACGGGAUUGCAUCCUGGAGUAGGGAUUAGGACAGGAUAGAGGGUUAAGAAGGCCACAGGGACACAAUCAGUAUAAUCUUCAGGUCUGCAGAGCAGUGUGGGCUCAAUCUGCAGCCCGCAAUCAAUACUAUAGGCCCAAGCCUAAACUCAAGACUCCCAGGUAUAAAGUGUAUGUCACAUAUCCUACCCAGCAACACACCACAGGUAGAACAAUAUGCCUAAAAGAAAACAACAAAGCCACAGGGUUGAGUAACACCAACAGAAUACAUAUAAUCAGGACAGAGGAGAAAUAGGGGCCGUGCCGCCGGAAACCCUGUCAGCCACAAGGUAGGCCGCCGGGAUCCGCUUUUGCAGUUUCCGACACAGCGCGCCAAAGGUGAGCAGGCUCUCCUCUCGCGACGGCUGACAGGCUGGGAGACAGCCCAAACCACGAAAAACAAAGCAGUGGGAACACACCUACUGCUAUACACAAAUAGUAACCCAAGAAAAACAAGUAAUAAUCAAUAGAAGUAUAUACAGUACAUUUAAAAAUGCUAAACAAUGCAUUAAAGUACAGAAUGAAAAAGUAUACUUAGCUGGUUUGAGGGAGCAGCAAAGAAAGAAAGUGGAUGGCUAGUUCAAGACCUUUUUAUAGACUGUUCCUGUAUCCUUAUUGGCUGCCCCGUUUCUAGGCCGAGUUGUUAUAUUUAUUAUUUUAUUCAUUUUUCAUUCAAGUUUACAUAUUUUCUCUUUGCUGCUGAGGGAACAUAACGAAAGUGAAAGCAGAAUAGGAGCCACAGUGUCAUUAAUAAAAUUCAUUGUAGCAGUAAUUUGCUUCCUUUUAAGGAGACUGUGGUUGAGAAGGUAUUUAAUUACAGAAAUUAAAUGGUUAAUCUCUUUUCUGAUAAACUGUCUAGUAUAAAGUUAUGAAAACAGAGUCUUAAGAUGUUUUGGUGAUAUGGUUUCUAUGUUAAAUUUUGAACCAAAUUUUUGAAUUGUAUUACUAGUAUUAUUAAAAAAAAAAAAAAAAAGUGUUGCCACAAAAGAACCUCUGUAAAUAAUCCCUUAUCCUAAACUUAGAUUUUUGUUGUUUACUUUUUUUAAAAUCCUUGAUAGUAUUCCAAAAACCUGAAAUAAAAACCUAAUAAAAACAACCAUUUAUAAGCAGGAUCUAACACCUCUUACAACCCUGAAACUACACGUGACGUGCUCUACGCUAGUGGCGACUUAUGGGUAUCUACAUUAAUGUGUAACAAUCUCUCAAACACUUGAUGCACUCUGAUUACCCAUUUAAUAUUACAUCAACCAGGUACACAAAUCAUGCAACACUCACAUGAUGACAAUCAUACAGAACUCCCAAACUUUAUAUUUUAUGUGCCACCAUUCUGCAGCCUAUUACAGUCUUUGAAGUAAAUGAAUAAUUAGAAUUGUAAAAUGUGCUCUUUGUGUUUUCCAUAUGUCUUUGUCUUCUUAAGCAGGACUUUAAUAAGGUAUUUUUCAAAAUCAUCUUUGUCUUGAUAUAUCUAUUAAGCAUUUAUGUUGACCCAAAUACAUUUAGUUUGAGAAUAAGGUGCAAUGUACAUUUGCAGUAUGUUGGUGCACUUUAUAGAAAACACGACAGGUUGUCCUGGUUACUGAUAUUUUAUUUAUUUUUUUAAUCUUUUUACAUUUUUGUUACAUGCUGUAAGCUUAGUGACACAUUUUCAAAUAUACUGAACCGCCUUGAAUCUGCUCAUCUUAUAGUGGUAUUUCUUAUACCACUAUGAUGGCAAACUGUUUUCACAUUUUAUAGCCCCAACAUGACUUGCUAUUAAAGGACCACUCUAGGCACCCACACCACUUCAGCUUAAUGAAGUGGUUUGGGUGCCAGGUCCCUCUAGGAUUAACACCCUUUAUUUUUUUUUUUUUUUUAAUGGGUUAAUCCAGCCUCCAAUUCCUCUAGUGGCUCUCUCAUUGACAGCCGCUAGAGGCGCUUGCGUGAUUCUAACUGUGAAAAUCGCAAUGAGAACACGUUGUAAAUGCUUUCCUAUGAGACCGGCUGAAUGCGCGCGCAGCUCCUCCCGCGCAUUCAGCCGAAAGGGAGGAUCGGAGAGGAGGAGGAGACCUCCCCGCCCGGCGCUGGAAAAAAGGUAAGAUUUUAACCCCUUCCUGUCCCCAGAGCCGGGUGGGAGGGGGUCCCUGGGGGUGGGGGCACUUUCAGGGCACGAUAGUGCCAGGAAAACGAGUGUUUUCCUGGCACUAUAGUGGUCCUUUAAACCCAAUUAAGUUGUUAUGCAGCGAAUUCAUUAACAAAACCAUCUUACUUUAACGGGUUAAACCAUUAAUGGACUGUCUUGAUUAUAGAAACAGUUUGACUUUAUUUUGGUUAUGAAAUAGGAAAGGAAUUAAAUCUACAACAAAAUGCGAACACUACGGCCCCCAGCAUCACUAAACAGUGCGCGAGAGGGAGCAGAGCUGGAAGAUGACAGCAGCCAUCCUAUACCACAGGAAAAGCAGAUCCACGCCAGAUCUCCCAUAUAGGGAGGUCAGGUGGAUUUAAAUUAAAAUAAUAAAAAAAAUAUUUCUGUCUUGAGUAUUGUAUACAUUACACUGUAGUAGUUCUGGUGAGUAUAGUGUCUUUUUAAGAAUUGUAUUUUGUUGCUGAAAAUGAUGCUUUGUAGGUUACAAAAAAAAAAUACCUGAUUCCUAACUUUUCCAAGCAAUAUAGCCCUGCUAUAAUGUUCCUUUAAAAGGUCUCAAGGAGAGUGCUUAUAUUCUAUAUGUGAACUACAGGAGAGGAGAAAUGAGUGGCAUGUGUUUUGACAUCAAGCGUUCAAGCCUGACCCUGAUCUUGAGCUUGGCCUAUACUUCUUAACCCCUGAGUGUCCAUAGGGCAUUAUCUGAUGUUCUAGAAAGUGCUUUAAUUUGGGCAUGCAUGACAACUGUCUGAGGGACUUCUAAAGUCAUGUAACAAAGGUACACAUUUUAUAUUCUUGUACACUGGGACAUUCGAAGAAUACAAAUAUUGACUUCUUUAGAGUAGUGGGAAGCACAUGGUCUGUAAAACGCCCCUUGUGAAUGAAAUGAAUAAAAAAAAAAAUGGAUAUAAGCUGCAAAUUUGGCAGCAGUUACAUAGUUACAUACCUGAAAAGAGACUUGCGUCCAUCAAGUUCAGCCUUCCUCACAUUCGUUUUUUGCGGUUGAUCCAAAAGCAGGCAAAAAACCCCAGUUUGAGGCACUUCCAAUUUUGCAACAAACUAGAAACAAAAAAAAUCCUUUUUGACCCCAGAAUGGCAGUCAAAUCUAUCCUUGCAUCAAGCAGUUAUUACCCUACAUUGAAAAGUUAUAUCCUUGAAUAUUCUGUUUUUGCAAGUAUGCAUCUAGUUGCUGUUUGAACAUCUGUAUGACUAUGAUAAAACCAUUUCAGGCAGAGAAUUCCACAUCCUUUUAUUUGCCUUAGACGAAAUAUUAUUUCUUCCAGUCUAAACGCAUGACCUCGUGUCCUAUGUAAAGGCCGUUUUAUGAAUAGAUUUCCACACAAUGGUUUGUAUUGGCCCCAAAUAUAUUUGUAUAAUGUUAUCAUAUCCCCUCUCAGGCAACAUUUUUCUAAACUAAAGAGGUUUAAAUUUAACCUUUAUAGCUGAUAUGUUCCAUUCCUUUUAUUAAUUUUGUAGCCCACAUGUGCACGUUUUCUAUUGCCAUAAUAUCCUUCUUUAGAACAAGUGCUGAAAAUUGCACAGCAUAUUCAAUAUGUGGUCUUACCAUUGAUUUAUAAAGAUGCAAAAUUUUAUAUUCUCAUCCCGAGAAUGAAUGCCCUUUUUCAUGCAUGACAAUACUUUACUGGCCUUAGCCACUGCUGAUUGACAUUGAACAUUGUUGCAUAGUUUGUUGUCUAUAACAAUUCCAAAGUCCUUUUUUGUGUGUUGUUAUCCCUAAUUUGCUUCCAUUAAGGGUAUACGUUGCUUGUGCAAUCUUUACGCUGAAGUGCUUAAAGGACCACUAUAGUGCCAGGAAAACAUACUCGUUUUCCUGGCACUAUAGUGCCCCCACCCUCAGGGUCCCCCUCCCGCCCGGCUCUGGGGAGAGGAAGGGGUUAAAACGUACCUUUUUUUCCCGGCGCUGGGCGGGGAGCUCUUCUCCUCCUCUCCUCCCUUUUGGCUGAAUGCGCAUGCGUGGCCAGAGCUGCGCGCGCAUUCAGCCGGUCUCAUAGGAGAGCAUUCCUAAUGCUUUCCUAUGGACGCUUGCGUGUUCUCACUGUGAUUUUUCACAAUGAGAAUCACACAAGCGCCUCUAGCGGCUGUCAAUGAGACAGCCACUAGACUCAGGGUUCUCAACCCAGUCCUCAGGACACCCUACCAGUCCAGGAUUUGGGGAUUACCUGGGUGUGUCUAAGGUGUUUAGAAAGAAAAAAAACACCUUAGAGUCUAAGGUGUUUUUUUUCUUUUUCUAAACACCUUAGACACACCCAGGUAAUCCCUAAACCCUGGACUGGUAGGGGGUCCUUGAGGGCAAGGUUGAGAACCCCUGCACUAGAGGAUUUGGAGGCUGGAUUAACCCUAACAUAAACAUAGCAGUUUCUCUGAAACUGCUAUGUUUAUUAAAAAAAAAAAAAAGGGUUAAAGGACCACUAUAGUGCCAGGAAAACACUCAUUUUCCUGGCACUAUAGUGCCAUGAGGGUGCCCCCACCCCCAGGGACCCUCUCCCGCCCGGCUCUGGAAGGGGAAAAGGGGUAAAAACUUACCUUUUUCCAGCGCUGGGCGGGGAGCUCUCCUCCUCCGAUCCUCCUCCUCUCCUCCCCGGCGGCUGAAUGCACACGCGCGGCAAGAGCUGCGUGCGCAUUCAGCCGGUCGCAUAGGAAAGCAUUAUCAAUGCUUUCCUAUGGACGCUUGCGUGCUCUCACUGUGAUUCUCACAGUGAGAAGCACGCAAGCGGCUGUCAAUGAGACAGCCACUAGAGGCUUUGGGGGAAGUCUUAACCCAUUCAUAAACAUAGCAGUUUCUCUGAAACUGCUAUGUUUAUAAAAAAAUGGGUUAACCCUAGCUGGACCUGGCACCCAGACCACUUCAUUAAGCUGAAGUGGUCUGGGUGCCUAGAGUGGUCCUUUAACUUUGCAUUUUUUAACAUUAAAUUUCAUCUGCCAUUUGAGUGCCCAGUCUAUCUAAAUCCUUCUGCAGCAAAGUAAUAUCUUGCUAAUGUUGUAUUACUUUAGAGUUUUGUGUCGUCUGCAAACACUGAAACAUGACUUUCAAUGAUCAUUAAUAAAUAUGUUUAAAUAGAAGAGGUCCCAGAACAGAACCCUGAGGGACACCACUUGCCACCUCUUUCCAUCUUGAAAAUUUACCAUUAAUGACAACUCUUUGUACUCUGUUUUUAAGCCAAUGUUCUACCCAAGAACAAGCAUUGUCAUCUAGACAGAUUUCCUUGAGUUUGAACACUAAUCUAUUAUGUUGAACUGUAUCAAAUGCCUUGGCAAAAUCCAAAUAGAUCACAUCCAUUGUAACACCCUGAUCUAUACUUCUGCUUACUUCUUCGUAGAACGCAAUCAACUUAGUUUGAAAUGACCUGUGCUUUAUAAAACCGUACUGAUUUUUGUUGAUAACCAUGUUCUUCUCAAGGAAUUCUUGAAUGUUAUCCCUUAAUAACCUUUCAAAUACUUUUCCGGCCACAGGAGUUAAGCUCACAGGUCUAUAAUUCCCAGGUAAGGAUUUUAAACCACAUCUGCCUUCCUCCAAUCCUCCGGAACACUCCCUGAAAGAAAAGAAAAGUUGCGGGUUAAUUACUGGGUGUCUUAUUUCUAUAAAUAUCUACUUUUGUAUAGCCUUUUAAAGGGACACUAUAGUCACCUGAACAACUUUAGCUUAAUGAAGCAGUUUUGGUGUAUAGAACAUGCCCCUGCAGCCUCACUGCUCAAUCCUCUGCCAUUUAGGAGUUAAAUCCCUUUGUUUAUGAACCCUAGUCACACCUCCCUGCAUGUGACUUGCACAGCCUUCCAUAAACACUUAUCGUAAAGAGAGCCCCAUUUAGGCUUUCUUUAUUGCAAGUUCUGUUUAAUGAAGAUUUUCUUAUCCCCUACUAUGUUAAUAGCUUGCUAGACCCUGCAAGAGCCUCCUGUAUGUGAUUAAAGUUCAAUUUAUGAUUGAGAUACAAUUAUUUAAGGUAAAUUACAUAUGUUUGAAAGUAAAAAAAACAGUUGUUUUUUUUCCAUGCAGGCUCUGUCAAUCAUAGCCAGGGGAGGUGUGGCUAGGGCUGCAUAAACAGAGACAAAGUGAUUUAACUCCUAAAUGACAGUGAAUUGAGCAGUGAAAUUGCAGGGGAAUGAUCUAUACACUAAAACUGCUUUAUUUAGCUAAAGUAAUUUAGGUGACUAUAGUGUUCCUUUAAGAUUCUGUAACUGCUUAAAGUUGUAGUCUUAGCAUACCGUUUGUCAGUUUACUAUAGUAAUAUUUUUCAGUAUGCGCCUUGAACAUUACAAUAUGGAUAUCUAGUCCUAGUAGAAAAUUUACACCAGAUCACUUAAAACUGAAAAUGGCAUUUGAUAUGCUAUUUAAUAACUGGACUGUGAGGCACAACAGCCAUGACUUAUUUAAAUUUCUGUUUCUUACGUUAUAUAUUUUUAUAAUGGGAAAUUCUGAGGGAACAUGCGUAGGGUCCUGCUUCUCUUUUCAAGCUUUACCUUAUAAUUGCUAUUAAAUAAUAACCCACUAAGCACACACAUUGUUUUAUGCCUGUCAUUUAUGCAGCAACAUAUAGUCAUGGGGAAAAGAAUGUACACCCUCUUUGAAUUCUGUUGUUUUACAUAUCCGUAUAUAAUAAUCUGUUCCUUAGCAGGUCUUAAAAUUAGGUAAAUACAACCUCAGAUGAACAACAGCACAUGACAUAUUACACCGUGUCAUGAUUUAUUUAACAAAAAUAAAGCCAAAAUGGAGAAGCCAUGUCUGAAAAACUAAGUACACCUUACAAUUUGAUAGCUUGUAGAACCACCUUUAGCAGAAAUUACUUAAAGCAUUCGUUUUCUGUAUGACUUUCAGUCUAUCACGGCGUUGUGGUGGAAUGUUGACCCACUCUUUAAUCCCUUAAGGGUGGCGGGUGUUCUAUGCCUUCCUUUUUUAGGUGGUCCUAAACGCCGGCGGGCGGCAUAGAAUGUCCUCAUGAUCACAUGGCGGGGUCCUCGUAAACACAUGGCCGGAAUAGCCGGCUUGUGCAGUGCCUGCAGAGGGCCUGUCUGAACUAUCAGACAGUCCCCCUUUUGCCUGUAAAAAAGUUAUAAAACUGUUUUAAAAUUAAAUUGUAAGUACUUAGAUCAUAUAUAUAUAUUUGUGUGUAUGUAAUUUAAUAUUAAUGUAUAUAAUUAUUAAAAUACACUUAGAAUGACGUGCGUGUGUGUGUGUGUGUGUAUGUAUGUAUGUAUAUAUAUAUAUAUAUAUAUAUAUAUAUAUAUAAAAUAUAAAAAAAAUCAAUACAAUGAAAAAUUUAUAAAAAAAUUAAAAAAAUGUAUAUACCGGUUUAACUAUUUUGAUAUUAAUAUACAUAUAUAUUAAAUUCAAAAUACAUUUAGAAUGACGUAUUUUUUUAUAUAUAUAUGUGUAAAUUCUACAAAUAUUUUUAUAGAAUAUUUUUACAUAAGUAAGUCAUUUUAUUAAUUGCAAUCUGAAUUGAAUGUUGUUCAUUCGAGGUUGUAUUUGCCUUAAGACCUGCUAAGGAACAGAUGACUGUCAUUAUGUCCUGAUAUGUAGAUACAUAGAAUACAAAGAGGGGGUACUUUCUUUUCUCUAUGACUGAAUGCUCAAACUCUUUGUAUUAAGCAAAACAUUUUUAUAAAAAAUUAUACAACAGAGCACACAACUUACUUUGCUGGUUAUAUAAUCUUUGCCCCCCUCCAAGUUAUCUCUCUCUGGUGUUUGUGUGUAGUUUGUAGAACAUUACAGAGAUGGAAAUACUUCUUCCUUCCAGCCUUCUGUAUACAUCAGUUUAUUAGGCUUUUUUUCUUCUUCAAGGCUGCCAGAGUCAAACAGGGUCUGGCCUAUCAGGAGUCCCAGUGAAAAUUUAAAUAUCUGCAUAUACGAAAAGGUGGUGAAGGUCAAAUCUCAAUUUAUGCAUUGAAGCACGUAAAGAAGUGAUCUCAGAUCACUUCUUCCCAGCACUUGAGAAUGGAAAUCCACACUGUAGUAGAUCAGCCUGCAGCUGAUUUUGCAGCUUCUGUCCUUGACCUGUACCUGGCCAGCCUGAUCCCCACUGGACCCCAGGGAAGCCACCCACACGGCUAGAUAUACACAGAAAUGCAUAACAACCCUCUCCUCCUACAAAUAAUAUGAACAGCCCACACACAAACAUACACACAAUCCGCACAAACGCAACACCACUAACAAUCCAUAUAGAUGCACACAACCCCACAUGCAGCCUCUCACAUACAAUACCCCAAACAGCCCCACACAUACACACCCCACCAUUAUUUAUUAAUGCAGAAGGAAGAAAACACUGCUGCAUAGACUAUGGAAGAAUUUCAUUUACAGUAUGUUUGAUUUUGUUUGUUGUGUAUUUGUUCACUAUUAUGACCUACUUAGCUUUGUUCAAUAUUAUGACCUACUUAGCUCGGUUAAAGGAACACUAUAGUGACCUAAAUUACUUUAGCUGAAUAAAGCAGUUUUAGUGUAUAGAUCAUUCCCCUGCAAUUUCACGGCUCAAUUCACUGUCAUUUAGGAGUUAAAUCACUGUUUCUGUUUAUGCAGCCCUAGCCACACCUCCCCUGGCUAUGAUUGACAGAGCCUGCAUGAAAAAAAAAAAACUGGUUUCACUUUCAAACAGAUGUAAUUUACCUUAAAUAAUUGUAUCUCAAUCUCUAAAUUUAACUUUAAUCACAUACAGGAGGCUCUUGCAGGGUCUAGCAAGCUAUUAACAUAGCAGGGGAUAAGAAAAUCUUCAUUAAACAGAACUUGCAAUAAAGAAAACCUAAAUAGGGCUCUCUUUACAGGAAGUGUUUAUGGAAGGCUGUGCAAGUCACAUGCAGGGAGGUGUGACUAGGGUUCAUAAACAAAGGGAUUUAACUCCUAAAUGGCAGAGGAUUGAGCAGUGAGGCUGCAGGGGCAUGUUCUAUAUACCAAAACUGCUUCAUUAAGCUAAAGUUGUUCAGGUGACCAAAUUUAAUAUUUAAAAUAUUAAGCUUUUGAAAUUUUAGUAAAUAUUCAAAAUAUCAAGUGUGCGUGUGUGUGUAUUGUAUAUUUAUAAAUACAAAUAUGAAAAUAUUUGAACCCCUUAAGAUUGCAUGGCGUUCUAUGCCGUCCCUAUUUGGAUGGCUCUAAACGCUGCAGGGCGGCAUAGAACGCCCUGGGCGGUCUUGCCUCCCACGUGGCCGGCGGCACAUGGUCGCUGCAGAUCGCGGUCUGCAGCUUUCGAUCGUAGUGACAGGCUGUCACUGCGAUCGGUAUUUUAAAAUCGGCUGACACAUGGAGCCGCGGCAUUUUCACUCUGCAGAUCGCGGUUGGGACACAUGCUUGGCCCCCCAGGCAGUCCCCCUGCGGUCAGUGACCGCGAUCUGCAGAGUCUGAUUGCAGAGACAGUCUCUCACUGUGAUCUGAUCGCACUGACAGCAUGUCACUGUGAUCAGAGUUACUAUGUGUCAGCCUAUUGGCUGACACAUAGUAACUGCAGGCAGGAUCCCCCUGCAGAUCGUGGUGGGGGGCAUGCCUGCCCACCCAGGCACUCCCCCUGUGGCCAAUUACCGCGAUCUGCAGGAGGUGAUCACAGUGACAGCCAGUCACUGUGAUCACUGAUCCUGUGUGUCAGCCAGUGAUGUGACAUCACUGGCUGACACUGUCUCUGCCCCUCUCCUGUGAAAAAUAAAAUAUUAGUUAAAAAUAAAAUAUAUUACAGUUACAAAUAAAAUAUACUUAGAUUAUAUAUAUAUAUAUAUAUAUAUAUAUAUACACAUACACACACACACACAUACACUGUCAUACACAUAAUUAUAUAUAUAUAAUCAAAAUACACAUAGAAGGAUAUUGAUUAAAUAUAUAUAUUUAUAUAUAAUAAAAUAUGUAAAGACGUUAAAUAAAAAAUGUGUGUAAUUUCAUUCUAACUGUAUUUUGAUAUUAUAUAGAUAUCAAAACACACGUAGAACAAAAUAUAUAUAUCUAUAUACAUAACUAUAUUCGUAUAUAUUUCACUAUAUGUAUACCUAUAUAUAAAUAAAAAUUAAUUUAAAAUUUUAUAGAUACAUAUAUACACGUGUGUGUGUGUGUGUAUGUAUGUGUAUAUAUAUAAUUUUACAUAUAUAUUUAUGUAAUAAUUUUACAUAAUUAGGUCCUUUUAUUAAUUACAAUUUGCGGGACCUGCCUGACAACCCAUGCCGAAAGUAAAGGGAAUUUAAUUUGCUAGCACUAUAUUUAACCCUAUAACUUUCCAAGACACCAUAAAACCUGUACAUGGGGGGUACUGUUUUACCUGGGAAACAUUGCUGAACACAAAUAUUUGUGUUUCAAAACCGUAAAAUGUAUUACAACGAUGAUAUCGUCAGUGAAAGUGACGUUUUGCAUUUUUCACACACAAACUGCACUUACACUGACGAUAUUAUUGCUGUAAUACUUUUUACUGUUUUGAAACACAAAUAUUUGUGUUCAGCAAAGUCUCCUGAGUAUAACAGUACCCCUCAUGUACAGGUUUUAUGGUGUUUUUAACAGUUAGAGAGUCAAAUAUAAGGCUUGCGUUUCAGUUUUUUCACAUUGAAAUUCGCCAGAUUGGUUAAGUUGCCUUUGAGACCGUAUGGUAGCCCAGGAAUAAGAAUUACCCCCAUGAUGGCAUACCAUUUGCAAAAGUAGACAACCCAAGGUAUUGCAAAUGGGGUAUGUCCAGUCUUUUUUAGUAGCCACUUGGUCACAAACACUGGCCAAAAUUGGCGUUCAAAUGAGUUUUUUGCAUUUUUCACACACAAACAAAUAUUAACGUUAACUUUGGCUAGUGUUUGUGACCAAGUGGCUACUAAAAAAGACGGGACAUACCCCAUUUGCAAUACCUUGGGUUGCCUACUAUUGCGAAUGGUAUGCCAUAAUGGGGGUAAUUCUCAUUCCUGGGCUACCAUACAGUCUCAAAGGCAACGUAACCAAACUGGCGAAUUUCAAUGUGAAAAACUGAAAAGUGUAAAAUGCUAUAUUUGACCCUGUAACUUCCCAAAACACCAUAAAAUCUGUACAUAGGGGGUACUGUUUUACAUGUGAGACAUCGCUGAAUACAAAUAUGUGUAUUUUAUUGCAGUAAAAGCAAAUGGUAUUUUGACAUUCACAGUUAAAAUGUCACAUAGAACUAAGACAUUUAAAAAAAAAAAAAAAAAAUCUUAUUUUCUCCCAUUCUUUUUCUAUUUUAGUCAUAUUAAAUUAUGUUCCAUACCUAAAUAUUUGAUAUUAAAUGAAAGCCCUGUUUCCCCUGAAUAAAAUUAUAUAUCAUAAGUGUGGGUGCAUUUAAUAUGAAAGAGGUGAAUUACUGUUGGACAGACAUAUAGCGCAAAUGCCAGGUUUUAUUUACGUUUUGUUUUGAUCACAACUUGUACAUUUGGCUGCGGUCUUAAGGGGUAAAUAUAAUAUUUUUCAAGAUGUUAAAUCAUAUAUAUAAAAGUUCAUCCAAAAUGAUUAAAGGGACACUCCAGGCACCCAGACCACCUCUGCCCAUUAGAGUGGUCUGGGUGCCAACUCCCACUACCCUUAACCUUGCAACUGUAAAUAUUGCAGUUUUCAUAAACUGCAAUAUUUACAUUGCAGGGUUAAUGCCUUCUCUUGUGUCUGCCUACUAGACAGCCACUAGAGGGCACUUCUGGUUUCUAGCACAGGAAACCUGUGCUAGAGCGUCGCUGGACGUCCUCACGCUGUGUGAGGACCUCCAGCGUCCCUGAAAUCCCCAUAGGAAAGCAUUAAAAGCAUUAGUUCUCCCCUGUCGCCGGCCGUGCAUGCGCAAUAGGUCUCCCCCGCUGGAUGACGUCGGUGGGGGAGGAGCGUGGGCGGACCCUGGAUACAGGUAAGUCACUGUAGGCAAGGAUUUUUUAUUUUCCUGAAUGUUCUCUACAUAUUGGCGCAGAUACUCCAAUCACAAUAAACACAAUAGGAGAGGACUAGGGCCUGUCUAAAGUAAAAAAAAAUUAGUAAAAGUGCACAAUCUGUAUAGAAUUACAUUUUGUGUUUAUUCUUAAUAAUGUGUAUAUUAAACUUUAUACGGAGUUGAAUUAGAAACACAUAUGAUUCUCUGUAUAGGGCAUAUAUAUCUCUGGCCUUUGGGUCUCUCAGAUGGUAAACAAACGGCUCAUAUUCCUCAAUUCUGGCUCUUGUUCCCAGCUCCCCUCUCUCUGCAGAUGGAGGACAUCUGCUGUGAGCAGCGACACUUAACCAUUUAAGUUGAGGGUUGCUGGGAGCCUGGCCAGACCUUUUAAAGGGAAAUUUUUCCCUAAACAUAAGUUUGACAUAUUUACCUCUUUAAAUAUAUGAUUUUACCCUUUUCAACUGUGAUCCUCCCAGUUGAGAAUUACAGGAGUUUGCUAAAAGAAUUGCACAGACGUGUGUGUGUGUGUGUGUGUGUGUGUGUGUGUGUGUGUGUGUGUGUGUGUGUGUGUGUGUGUGUAAUGUUAAACACAAAUACACACACCAGGCAAACCAUAAGACUUGCUUUUCCCACAGAAAUCUAUUUAUUAGGGAUCGACCGAUUUUUAUUUUUAAGCUUACUGAUAUUCUGUACAUUUACAGUUUUGUGUUUGUGGUUUUUUGUUUUUUUUUGCAAAUUUAUUUUUUUUAUGAAGUGGUAAAUACACAAAAUAUACAUGCCAUUAAAGGGAUACUCCAGGCACCCAGACCACUUCUGCCCAUUGGAGUGGUCUUGGUGCCAACUCCCACUACUCUUAACCCUGCAAGUGUAAUUAUUGCAGUUUUAACUCCACCACUAGAGGGCACUUCCUGGUUUCUAGCACAGGAAACCUGUGCUAGAGCGUCGUUGGACGUCCUCACGCUGUGUGAGGACCCCCAGCGUCGCUCAUUUCCCCAUAGGAAAGCAUUUUAAAUGCUUUCCUAUGGGGAGCGCUAAUGCGCAUGAGCGGCAUUGCUGCGCAUGCACAUUAGGUCUCCACGGCCGGUGGGCGGGAUCAGUCUUGCCCCCCGGCCGACGCAAUCAGACGGAUGAGCGGCGCGGAGGAAGAAGCAGCGACCGGGAUUAGGGGGUGGGAGGGAGAGGGGACCUGCAGUGCCAGGAAAACGGAUUGUUUUCCUGGCAAUAGGGUUUCCCGUUAAGAUUUUUUUUUUUAGUUUUCUAGAAUAUUUGUGUGUUUAGUGGAUGCAGUGAGAGUAUUUGAUUAGUAAAUGCAGUGUGUGUGUAGUGGAUGCAGUCUGUCUCUUAGUGCCCCCCCAAAUUCCCCUUAAUGUUCUUCUCCCUUCUCUUUUAGUGGUGUUCCCCCUACCCCAGUGUUCAUUUUCCCAUCCCUCCCCUGUAUCUUAGUGUCUUCCCUCAAUGUUCCUCUCUCCCCCGUAGUGUUCCGCCCCCCCCUCCCCUGUCCCAUAGUGACCUUCACCCCCCCAUCCCAUAGUGUGUCCUUUAGUGCCUCUCUCUCUCUUUCCCUCUACCCUUCUUGGUCCCCACUCUUCAGUGUGUCUCCUAAACUCGGCCGCACUGACAGGAAGUGUGUGUGUAUGUGUGUGUACAUGUAUAUACAUGUAUAUAUUGGAAGGCUUGGCCUGAAGUUGUGGGAGGGGCUUAUGGACCUUUAAAAGGGACUUCCCCCUUCUCUACACGACCAUGAUUGGUCUAUACGUACUGCUGCUGACCGCCAUAUUCUGCCGCAGGAAACACUCUGCUCUCCAGUAUCAGUGUCAUCACAGUACCUAGCCACGUCACAGAGGGUCUGGUUACCGCAGCUUACUCUUGGACAGUUGCCUGAUAGCUGACGCAGAAGCCACGACUGAAGGCCGUCUCGUACAGGCGCCUUCCAGUAACCGUAAGCUAACCUCUUUGCUAGCCACAGCUCCCGGCCAAUGCUGGCACGGGUACUUCCCCUUCGGCUUCCUACACGAAGGUCAGGUUCUGGGGGCAUGGUCGCACGAAGGCAGUCUAAUUACGGUUAAUAUUGUAUACUUUAUUGUUUAGCUUGGGCAAUAUUCUAUGUACCUUGUCUGAGAGAGCGGCAGGCCUCCGGCUCGGAAGCAUCCUUCUACCUGGCAGGGCUAACCUGCCCUUACUCCUGAACGCAUACCUUACGAUAUAUAUACACUACACAACACUGUAUACAUUACUUAUCUCGGGGUUAGGCGAAGCAGGCACCGAGAAUCUAUUGUCGUAUAGAGCCUCGGUAUCCCUUGCUCGUGAUUCACAGGCAGCAGAAAGGGGGUGGUUUCGGUCGGUCAUCUAGAUAACCUGAGGGUCCGGCGGAGAGAUAUAUAUAGAUAUAUAGAUAUAUAUAUACAUACACACACACACACACACACACACACACCUUGUGUGUCUUACACAACUUCAUUUUUAUCUGUUGGCUCUUUUAUCUUAUACAUCUCUCCCACUGAUCCUUGGAAACUUGACCUUAUAAAUCCUGGAGAUGCAAUAUUGGGAAUGAGUACUAAAAGCAAGGCAAUCACCACUGAAACUUUGCUAACCGCUCCAUUUUGGUACUCGUCUCGCACCGUGGUUCCCACGGUCACGUGUCACCAGGGCACAUACGGAAGUUGCCACGAAUGGCUUGUGGCCCUCUAGGUCCUGUACCUGGUAUUGCAGGUGCUAGGUACAGGGGCAGGGUUAUAAGCCAGAUGCUUAUGUUACGGUUUAAUUCUAUAACUGAUUAUCAUAUAUUGUAUAUAACUGCAGCUGCUCAGUUAAAGGUCUGUUUCUCAAAUCAAUCAAUUUGGCAAGUUACGUUAACCCUUUUACUAUGCACUUAAUCUCAGUAUUCAUGCAAGGUUCAGACUGUACUGUUUAUGCUCUUACUGAACCUCGGACUCACGCUAUGUGUCAUGUUUUACAGAUUACAAGGUACCCAAGCUAAGACAAGCUUGGCUCUUCAAACCUCAGUCCUAAAGUCAUAGGUGGGUAGGCCGUAGCGGUUUUAGGUCAAUAUACGCUAGGUUUUCUUUCAGUAUGACAUUUUAUUUCAUACACAUAUAUAUUUAUCUCCUUUCCUCUAUUGUAUUGUUCACCAUUUGGUUUAGGGAUCCCUCCUUAGUAGGGAACUCAGACUACCGCUGGGCAGAUAUUCAAGCAUACACUUGACCAACAGGUACGUUGCUCCCGGGUCCACUCCAUUACCCAUGGUUAACAAGGUUGCUGGCUUACAGGGUAUUAGGUAGCCAUCUAGGAAUUUUAUUCGGGCACUCUCCGCUGUAGAUGCAGUGGUCCAGCGAGGCCAACACCCAUCCUCCAUGCAAGAGGUAAUACGCCCCAUGGGCCAAACCAUAGCUAGCCAUCUCACUUGUCACGCACUUACCAUCUUUUGGCUCUAAUGUUCACCGAGAGGCCAACACCCUGCCACAAUGUUAGGUGGCGCCUACUCUUGGGUCGAGCCUCUCAAACCGCUUGGCAACUAGUAGGGUCUCACUUGUCACUACCCUAGUAAAUUUUUUCGCCACUUGGCACUAGCUAGCCUGCCAGUAUACAUCCCCGCUUCUAAGCAAUAUUAUUACUAUAUUUCAGCAUGUCCCAGGUUCCCGAUAACGCUUUCGGCCAAGGGCAUACUGAAUUUUCGGUUUCGGCCCAGAAUUUUAAUUUCGGUGCAUCCCUAGUUGCUAUAGUUACAUUUUUCGUCUCGGCACUAGUCAGCAAGCCAGUCCUGUGAAGGACUUGAUCUUCCUCCCCACCCCCUACUAUAUUAAUCAUUAUUCCUUUCUUUGGGAUGUCACAAGAAUCCAUCCCUAUCGAUGACCUGCCCUUGGAAGAUGUACCCAGCACUCCACCCAGGCCUGGGUCCCCAGAAGUAUACCUCACCCCCUCUACCCUCAGGUCCAUGAGAUCAUGGACUAUUCCAAAAAUAUCAGCAGAACUAAGACUCGGGGGCAUACCUUUUCCAGCCACAGCCAGGAAGGCCGAGCUUUAUAGACUGUUGACAGCUCAAGCCAGUGACCCCCGCUUACCAGCACCUCUGACGCUACUCAGGAAACCCGACAGCCAUACUGGCUAACCUCCAGACCCUGAAUAAUAGGCUGUCUACGGUGGAAUCAGCCAUUGCCACUCCAGGUGACCUACCAGGCCCUUCAGGUCCUCCCCUGGUAAUCCCUGACCUGCCGAGUAGCACCCCCCUUCCUCCCCUCCACCCCUACCCCGUAUGUUUCACCGGCUCACUCUGUACCAGCAUCCAUUAAAAUAGAAAUACUGGAUGGGAAGGAUGUUAAUUUAGUUUCCCUCCUCAUCGCCUCAGAAUAUCUUAGAAAACAGAGCCUAUAACUACAGGGACGUUUCUGUGGUGUUAAAAACGAGACCGACGUCUCAACAAAAAACUAUCCAUCCCGCAAUUUGUCAUCGCCUUCGGGAUCUAUAGAGACAUCUGUUCAGUGUAUCCGCAUUGAAGGGAGGAACUAGAUCUAUACAUGCACAAAGUGGUGGAUCUAAGCAUCAAGUAAGGGGGCGUCCUCAUUCUAUGAUUACCACAAGUCUGUCGGCUAAGGCAGCUACUCAUCUCGCCCAAUUUAACAUCAGAAUUGACUGGUGCCAGAUGGACACGGAGUUGUUCUGCCGACACUUUGCCGUAUUGAGGACCCCGUCCUGUGCUGUUUGUAGUUCUACGUCCCAUUCCACAGAUUUGUGCCCCUGUAAGGCAGACCCUUCCUCUUCUCACCACUCCUUCAGCUCACACACUAGGCAAGAAGGUGGGCAGAGGGACAAGCUGGGCAGACCCAUUGCAUUUCUGGGCAAGACGCAGGUGUGCCACAUUUUUAAUGCUGGUGCAUGCAGCUUCAGCACACACUCAGGCCAUGUGCCCAGCCAGACUUUCUCCCAAAAAAUGACUGACAGAGGUUACUAUCGAUGUCAUGGCCUACUAUCUCUGUUUCCACCCAGCCAGGCAUUUAGUGAAUUGUUUUGGUGACAGGGUUUUUACAAAGGUUCCACACGGCCUCAUUGCCAUCCUCACAGGCACACUAGAAUGCCCAAAUCUACGGUCAGCAUUUACUGACCCUCUCACAGUGGACCACCUCCUGUCCACAGAAACCCAGGCAGGUUUCAUGAUUGGGCCUUUUGCAUUACCCCCCUUCUCGUCCUGACGUACAAACCCCAUUGGGGUAGCUGUACAUAAAUACACUAAUAAAGGCUUGAUAAUUGACCUGUAAGUGCCUCAUUCUUCGCACACCCCCAGCAUAAACUCUCUCAUACUCGCUAAAGAAUUUUCGUUACAGCAUGCCAAAAUUGACGAUGCUAUGCAAACCAUUAUCUUAGCAGGUAGCAAGGCAUGGCUGAGUAAAACUACCCAUUCACCCAUCACUAUGGCACUUACACGGUGUUAAAUGGCAGGACAGGUACUUUUUUUUUUUUUUUGGCUCACUUUUGGGUCUAGGAGCAGCCCUAAGUUAUUUGACAUAUAUGCGGAAACCCUCUGCUGGCUGCUCCUGAAUAUAGUGAGGUGUCCGUCAGUGAUACACUACUUGAUGAUUUUUUGUUGGUAGAACCUGGCUCCCAUGCACCAAGCAGCAUUCACAGCAUCACAGCCCUAUUCACAGCACUAGGGGUGCCCCUGUCCCCAAGUAAAAACACUCGGGCCCUCCACGAAACUAGUCUUUCUGGGCAUCGCUCUUGACACAGUAAUUUCAAGUUACCCAACCACCAUAAAAAUUGGCCCGCAUUAGAGACAAAAUCAGUCUGCUCCUGCGGAGUGAUACGUGCACUAGAAAGGGACUCCAGUCUUUAUUGGGGUCCCUUAACUUCGCUAUGCGGAUCAUUCUUCAGGCAGAUCAUUUGUCUCUAGGCUGCUGUGUCUACUACAUGGGGUGCCUGACUCCGGUACAAUUACCAUAAACGACCCUGCCAGGGCAGACUUGCUUAUGUUGAGGAACUUCUUGGCCAAGUGGAAUGGUGUUUCCCUGUUCAUCACCCCCCCUUUCCCCCCCAUUCAUCUCCAACAAUCUACACCGAUGCAGCAGCGCACACUGGGUUUGCCGCAAUAUUUGGCAACCACUGGUUUAGGGAUAACUGGCCCACUGAGACAAAUGCCUUGUCGGUCUUUUAGAGAGACAUCCGCCUUGUUUGAGGUUUACCCCAUUUUGACGGCUGCUCAUACAUGGUCAUCUAUGGACUGGCAUGGCAGUCAAAUGCUGCUCUGACAGUUCUGCAGCCUGAGGGGUGGUCCUACUCUAUAACCAUCAUGAGAUUGGUUCGCAAGCUGACUUGGCUAGCAGCAACUGCUCAGUUUCACCUUGUCUGCGAACACAUACCUGGUAUUCGUAACACAGCUGCUGAUGCUCUUUCCCGCUCUCAUUUUCAUGUGUUCUUCCAGGCACUCCCUACUGCCCACCACCUACCAUCUAGGAUACCACCAUUCUACGAGUUACUAAUAGACUGUCUGAACUACUACGUCACGCACAAUCACUCACGCACCACGCACUCUCAACCAACACCACUACCACUUACGCCAGGGCAUUGAUCAUUUUCCAGAAGUUCUCUGCCGAAUUUCACUUACAAGGUGAUUUCUCCAUUAAAACCAUGGUGGCUUUUGCCUCCUUCUGUCACUUACACCUCAAAUUAUCUCACAACACCAUUAAGCUUUAUCUCACCGGAGUACAGCACCACGUUCUCACCAACUUUCCCAAUCACACACCUUUCCUAGCAUCAUACCCAAUUAAGAAUAUCUUAAAAGGUAUUCAUAAAGUCACAGGCCCACGUGCAACUAGCAGACUGCCCAUUGAUGGGCCUAUAUUUAGACAACUCAGCGACCUCCUAGACAAAUCCCCUUUCCAUUCUUGAACAAACUCAGUUAUCAAAGCCGCCAUAUUCAUUGCUUUCUAUGGCUUUCAAAGACCUAAGGAGUUUACUGUCGUACGCCAGUUAAAGCUUUCUCACCUAACGAAAGUCAAUGACCACUACGUCCUUUCGUUACUUUCGACCAAAACAAACCACACCAAUCAUCCCACUACCAUUCCUCUCUUCCUUACCGGGCAUGCCUGGUGCCCAGUUAAAGUACUCAACACUUUCCUAAAUUCUCACCUCAUGCACUCACCUGACACUCCACUACUACUACUCCAAGGGCACCCUCUCACCACGGCUAAGUUCACGUCUCACGUCAGAACUCUGCUGUUAAGGUUAGGAUUCAACCCUGCUUCAACCCUGGUCACUCCUCCCGUAUAUGUGCAGCAUCAGCAGCAUUUAGCACACCAGUCCACAUCAUCAAGAGACUGGGUCACUGGAAAUCUUCAAUUUACAAUAUUUAUAUACCAGGACCGGAGUAAGAACUAAGACAAGCAUUUAAAUGUCUAGCAUUAUAACAAGCAAUAAGGGCAAAAAGGAGGAUGCAAAAAAAAAAAAAGAAAACCACACACUUUAUUACAGGCAAUAAAGUGUGUUGUUUUUUUUUUUGCAUCCUCCUUUUUGCCCUCUUUUAUUACAAGCCUACUUGUUUGGUUUCGGCACACCUCAACCAACUAUGCAUCUACUUAUACAUUCCAGUAUAUGUGUGUGUCAGGGCCGUCUUUAACGCGGGGCAAACGGGGCAGCUGCCCCGGGCCCAGUUUCUCUUGGGGGGCCCGAGGCACCUGCCCCGUGGGCCCCGCUGACCCCGGCGGGCGGGUGGCCGGUCUGGCAGGAAGGCGGGCGCGCGAGGGAGCACUCACUGCUUCCUCUUCAGCUCCCUCGCGCACCGCACUGAUGCCGGAGCCGGAAGAUGACGUCAGCGGCGCGCGAGGGAGCUGAAGAGGAAGCAGCGAGUGCUCCCUCGCGCGCCUGCCUUCCUGCCCGACCGGCCACCCGCCCAGGAGCCCAGCAGCACCACUGGACCCCAGGGAAUCCCCCCAGCACUCCAAAAGGUAAGGAGGCUGGGCGGAUUACAUUUAAAAAAAAAAAAAAAUGUGUUUGUGUGUGUGUAUGUGUGUGUUAGUGUAUGUGUAUGUGUUUGUGUGUUAGUGUAUGUGUUUGUGUGUUAGUGUAUGUGUUUGUGUGUUAGUGUAUGUGUGUUAGUGUGUGUGUUAGUGUGUGUGUUAGUGUGUGUGUUAGUGUGUGUUUGUUUGUGUUAGUGUUUGUGUGUUAGUGUUUGUGUGUUAGUGUAUGUGUGUGUUAGUGUGUGUGUUUGUGUGUUUGUGUGUUAGUGUAUGUGUGUUAGUGUAUGUGUGUUAGUGUAUGUGUGUUAGUGUAUGUAAGUUAGUGUUAGUGUAUGUGUGUUUGUGUUAGUGUGUGUGUGUGUGUGUUUGUGUAUGUGUGUUAUGUGUGUGUGUGUUUGUGUAUGUGUGUUAGUGUGUGUGUGUGUGUUUGUGUAUGUGUGUUAGUGUGUGUGUGUGCUGUAGUGUGUAUGUGUAUAGUGUGUGUUUGUGUAUGUGUGUUUGUGUGUGUAUGUGUGUGUUAGUGUAUGUGUGCAGCAUAGUUCUGUCUGUCUGUGUGCAGUAUAUAUCUGUGUGUGUCAGUAUGUCUGUCAGUGCGUCAGUAUGUCUGUUAGUGCAUGUGUAUGCAUGUGUCAGUAUAUCUGUCUGUGUGCCAGUAUGUCUGUGUGUGUGUCAGUGUAUGUGACUGUGUGUGUGUGUGUCAGUAUUUCUGUCAGUGUAUGUGUGUCAAUAUGUUGAUCAGUGUAUGUGUCUGUGUGUGUGUCAGUAUGUCGGUAUAUGUGUCUGUGUGUCAGUAUGUCUGUAUAUGUGCCUGUGUCAGUAUGUCUGUCAGUACGUCUACCAGUGUAUGUGUCUGUGUGUGUGUCAAUAUAUGUACCUGUGUCAGUGUGUCUGUCAGUGUAUGUGCCUGUUUAUCUGUAUGUAGUCAGUGUAUGUAUCUGUGUAUCUGCUUGUGCGUCAGAGUGUGUACCUGUGCAUCUGAGCCGCAACUUUAAAUACAAAUACACCCCUCCAUUCAAACUUCAACACUACAUAUAAAACACACUCCUGCAUUGAAACGUCAACACUACAUACAAGCACACUCCUACAUUCAAAAACAAACACUACACAUAAAUGCACACUUGCAUUCAAACUCCAGUACCACAUACAAACACAUUCACACAAACAUACUCCAUACAAACACAUGCUUACAUUCAAACAUACUAACAUGGCUCAGUGCUAAAUACAACCCUGCAAGCAUGGGAAAUUGGUAGAGUCCCAGCUGUCAAAGCAUUGUUGGAGUUGCACGACAGAUGGAGUUCUACCUUUAGUCCAACCUUGCAAUUGGGGGUCCCAAUAAAAUUCAUUCUACUUUAGUACCGCCACUGCGUUGGGAUGGAUGCCGUGAUUGCAUACCAGGGAGUGAGGGGCGAGAGCGGCAGGGCACAGGGGGCCCAAGCAAACACUUGCCCAGGGUCCAUUCGUUAUUAAAGACGGCCCUGGUGUGUGUGUGUGUAUAUAUAUAUAUAUAUAUGUGUAUAUAUAUAUAUAUAUAUAUAUAUAUAUAUAUAUAUAAUAUAUCUCAAUGCAUCUCUAUGAGGAAAAUUCAGCGUCCCCAUUUAGAGGGUGGAGAUGCUGAACGGCAGUGCUGCCUACUGUGCAGUAAUGCUUCAGGAAGCACCUCCAGUGGCCAUCUGAGGAGUGGCCACUUGGAGGUGUCGAUAGGGGCAAUGAUUAUACUCACCAGAACAGCUACGUUAAGCUAUAGUUCUGAUGACCAUAGUCUCCCUUUAAGUAAUGGCACAAGGGAGUUUAAACUCCUAUGAAAUCCAAAUGGUGGCAAGCUAAAGAGAUUUUGGCCAUUUUAAUCUAUUUUACAUUUAGCUUCCCUUGGUACUAACAGUUCCUUCCUUUCUAUAGUUUACAACUUAACAAAGUGUGUGUGUGUUUUCUCCAAAUACUUACUGUAUUUCCCAUAUGUACAAUUAGAACUCUUGUGCUAUGUAUCUCCAGUUUGUUAAAUGUUGGAUCCCACUUAUAUAAUAGGAAUGUAUUUUUUUUUUUGUGUUCAUUUAAAAAAAAACAAAAAAAAAACCUUUUAUAAUGUGUGUACAUUUGAGUAUGUGAUGCAUAAUCUACAAAGGUUUGGAGAAUUGUACCUUUUUACAAAUUAUUUUUGUACCUCAGAGCUCAUGUCCCUCUUUGUCUCUGCAGCCUGUAGCUGAUCCCAUACCCAUAUGCAGCUUCUGUUUGGGAACGAAGGAGCAUAACAGAGAGAAGAAGCCAGAAGAGCUGAUAUCAUGUGCAGACUGUGGAAACAGUGGUAAGUAGACCAGUGACACAAAACAAUAGACCUUCCCACAGCCAUAUUCUGCAGAGCGAUCCCAGUGAGUCAUUCAUUGCAGGGCAGCAUGCCAAAUUUGAGAGUUGAGGCCUGCCGCCUGUCCAUCCCUGACAUUAGAUUGCCCUCAAUCCUCUAUACCUUCUACAUAGGCCCUCUGCAUCUCUGUACAACGACUGAAAACACUAUCAAAGGCUACUCUAUAGCACUACAAAUUUAUUUUGACCAUCCUUUCCUAUGAGGAUCACAUAUUUGGAGUCUCAAAGGUUAUCCAUUGCUGAAAUAGAUCAUAGAAGUCCACAUGGUAUCACAUACCUUGAUUAGAAAUUAACAAAGUCAUUUAAUACCUAUUUGCAUACAGGACUUAACUUUACCUAAUUAUUUUUUUUUCUUCUUUGUGCAAUUGCAUUUCAAUUCCUCUAAUCACAUUGUGCACAUUUUGUAUAUAUGUUCUGUUUUGAUGGAUGUUGGUGUAUGUAUAUAUACAUAUACACAUGUAGCUGUACAACCUGUAAAAAAAUAUAUUUUUAAUUGCCUUUAUUUUUUGGUGGGAGAACAUCAGAAACUUUUUCUUGCCUUGUCUUCUUAAUAUAUAAAUCACUCUACACUGGGUAAAAAAAAAAAAAAUGAUACAAGUGUUUGAUAACAAAAAUAUGUAUGUACUGGAACAGGAGAUAAUGAGUCACACAUACUUAAAGGACCACUAUAGUGCCAGGAAAACAUACUCGUUUUCCUGGCACUAUAGUGCCCUAAGGGUGCCCCCACCCUCAGGGUCCCCCUCCCGCCCGGCUCUGGAAGGGGGAAAGGGGUUAAAACUUACCUUUUUCCAGCGCUGGGCAGGGAGCUCUCUGCCUCCGAUCCUCCUCCUCUCCUCCCUGUCGGCUGAAUGCGCACACGCGGCAAGAGCUGCGCGCGCAUUCAGCCAGUCACAUAGGAAAGCAUUAUCAAUGCUUUCCUAUGGACGCUUGCGUACUCUCACUGUGAUUUUCACAGUGAGAAUCACGCAAGUGCCUCUAGCGGCUGUCAAUGAGACAGCCACUAGAGGAUUUGGGGGAAGGCUUAACCCAUUGAUAAACAUAGCAGUUUCUCUGAAACUGCUAUGUUUAUAAAAGAAUGGGUUAACCCUAGCUGGACCUGGCACCCAGACCACUUCAUUAAGCUGAAGUGGUCUGGGUGCCUAGAGUGGUCCUUUAAAGGGGAAUGUGGGUGUUAUUACAAAAGAGUUAGUAGUGUAAUCCGGAAGGUAAAUGCCAACCAUAUCUAUUUAUGUUACUGGAAAAUGUGUCAUAUAUGUAAGUAAUAUGUUUUAAUUUAAUUAUUUUAUACGUACACAUUUUAACAUACAAUUUUAUCUACAAAAUCACAUAUGCAAAUUUUAAAAGUUUUUAUAUAUAUAUAUAUAUAUAUAUAUAUAUAUAUAUAUAUAUAUAUAUAUAUAUAUAUAUAUUUUUUUAUAAUUUUUUUAAAAAUCUUAACAUGGACCUAUGAUUAACUCAAAAUCAACAUGGUUGAAAUGUUUACUACAUGCUAACAAGUAUUUUCUUUGUAAUGUGGAUGUUUUUAUGUGUGUUUGUUGAAGGGGAGAGGUGGAUGGGAGAAUCUGUUUUGGCAUAGACUGACAAGUGCCUUGCAUCGCUGAUAUUGGCAGUGGGUGCAGAGUUAUAUACUGUCUACGAGAAAGGAGACCCUGCUUCCACACUGCUUAAAACAUUGGUCUAUGGUAACCUGGACUCCUUUCCUCCCCAUGGUGCCAACAAACAUGAGCUGCACAGGGAAGGAGAGCAGUAGGGUAUUCAAUAAAAAAAAACAAAAAAAAACGUAUUUCAUUAUGUUUGUGUAUUACUGUGUCUGUGUAUGCAUUUGGAUAGAGUGCCUCUUGAUAUGUGACUAUGCAUGUUUGACCAGUAUAUACUGGGGGAGAGAAACUUAUAGCCUUGACUGGUCUAUUGCAUCAAAAGACCUACAUACGUUGCUUGCUAAAAAAAAAACAACAAAAAAAACCAGGUGUAAUAACUUACUAUCUCCACAUGGUGUCAUAACAAGUACAGUGGUGCCCCAGUGAGUCAAUUCCCUGCAUAGACUCAAGGCUUUUAGCAUCCUGGCCUGUUAGUAGAUAUAUUUAAUUAUUCGAUUGUGCUGAUCUGUUCUUGAUCUGCUGUGAUAAAUAUUUAUCAUAAAAAAGUGAGCUGUGUCUUUAAAUCAUAUUCAGUAUUUGUGACAAAAAUACAAUAAUAUUUUCUAGAUAUGAAAAUCUAUAUAAGUGCUUUUCAACCAAAGUGCACAGUGUAAAAGAUUUUGUUGCAAUAAAGUAUUUUUCAACAAAUGUGCAUUGUAUAAAAAUAUAUAUAUGUAAUAAAGACCUUUUUAACAAAGGUGCACUGUGCACUUUAGAUACUUAUGGAAAAUUGUGUAUCCGUUCAAAUGAUAUAUAAAAAAGGGGAGGUACAAAAUAUUUAGUGUUAGUGUUUGAUAUUAAUACAAAGAAAUAUAAAUGGACUGAAUGACCCUCAAACAUCGAGCAGAUAGAGACUGCUCAGGCUAUGAAGCUCUGAACAUUCAGCUCUACGCGAUGUAAUAGUAUAGAAUGCCAGAUGGCACAUAACCGAUGGGCAUCAAUAAUACCCAGGCUCUUGAAUCCAGCUGUCAGCAAUGCUGACUUCCGGAGUAGACUUCAUUACUUCCUUCUGGAGGUAAUUGCCCUGCCUUCAGGAACUAUCGAAACUGUGCUCCAAAAGAGUGUCUGUCUGUCGGCCGAAGUAAACAGAUUACAUGAACAUGAUCUAUAUACCAAAACUGGUUUGUUAAGCUGAAGUUGUUUUGGUGCCUACAGUGUCCUUUUAAAGGAGCACUAUAGUCACAAUUGUAAAACUCUAGUUUUAUGUUCCCAAGACUUAUUCCUAUUGUUUAGUAUUUAUUAUCCCCCCAAAUUUUUCAUUUAUAAUGCUGAUUAAUUAAAAAAACUUACCUGAGUUCCAGCGCCGAGAUUUUUUUGUCAUAAUGACUGUUUUUAAGGGCUCAACCAAACACUUCUCUCAUUGAAGCGUCAUCGUCCUUAUUUGCACAUGCGCGGCAUAGAGCUCCACAAAUCAUCAGCGUCAUCAGAGAGCAGAGUUCACUCUGAAUUAGAAUUGAGCGCUUCACUGCACAUGUUCGAGGCGUUUGCGGUCUAUGCCCUCCGCUGCUAUACCCAGCCCAGAUCCCCGAAGGCAGCAUCCACUACACUACAGAAAAUAUAGCGUAUUUACACAAUGUAUAUAAAGUUUGUGUGUUGUAUAGACACACUUUAUGUAAAGAUCUCUACCUAACUCACUCACUAACUCUCAUUCACACACUCACUCAUCAACACUCUCAUUCUCACACACUUUCAUUCACACUCUCACUCACUAAUUCUCUCGCUCACUAACUCUCUUGCUCACUUACUCAUUUAUUUACUAACUCUCGCUUACUCUCACUAACUCACUCUCACUUUCUCUCUCUCACUAUCACUCAUAUUUUCUCUCUCUCACUUUCACUCUCUCACUCACCCUCAUUCACUUACUCUUUAUCUUCCACACUGUCAGCUGCUGACAGCCUUUCGGGGUUUCUACAGGACACAGGAGGCGCGUUCACACUUGAGGUGUUCCUAGGUUCUAUGGUAAACCAUGUUUACAUGAAAAAGCCUGCAAAGAGCUAUUGUACUCACCUGAACAACCCCAUUAAGUUGAAGUUGUUCAGGUGACUAUAGUAUCCCUUUAAGACUUUGCUCUCAGCUAAUAUGUUAAAAACUGCAACAAAGAAGAUGUCUUCUUUGUAACAAACUGCAUAUAUAUUAUUCAUUCUUCCUAAUACGUAUUCCAGCACAGAGCCUUAAAUACAUGGAAAGGCAUUAUGAAUAGAGUGAGAAAUACUUUUCUGUACAUCUUUUCAUCUAGAACUUCUAUUGCCUAUUAGAUGUGAAAACAAUGCUUACAAAUUGAAGGAACACUAUAGUGUCAGGAACAAAAUCCUCAUUCCUGACAUUGUAGUGUUUAACUAUUUAGGUCCCCUGCCCCCUUAGAUCACAGUAAAAAGGUGAUUUUACUCACCUUUUCUCCCACCUUUCCAUGCCGUGGCUUGACACGCCUGGCCCCCAUGGAUGAGACCAUCAGUCUUGAUAAUCUCAGCCAAUCCAAUGUUUUCCCAUAGGAAAGCAUUGAGAUACUGUUGGGCAUUGUGCCAAAACUCUGCCCUGCGUCAACCAGCAUAUAUUCAUAGAGAUGCAUUGAAAUUGUACUAGAGGUGUUACUAGGCAGCAAUGUAAACACUGCCUUUUCUCUGAAAGCCUGCAGGCACAGGCUAUAAACAUAAGAACUGCAUUAAGCUGUAGUGGUUCUAGUGAAUAUCGUGUUUUUUUUUUUUUUUUUUAUACAUAGGGUCUGACUAAGCAAUUUAUUUAUUUUAAUACUACUUAUUCUAUUGCAUGUUUGUGUGUAUUAUUCCACUCUCGCCCUUCUUAAAAUUUAAAGUCAUAUUUUACUAGUCAGUCUUUAAUAGUUACUUGCCAUAGCAUUCUCACCAGGGGUUAAUUUCUAGUGGAAAUUGUGAGCCCUGUAUAUAUAAAGUGUAAAAAAUGUUGCUUCAAGUUUUCUGUUUAUCGCAUAUCAUAAAUUUUGUCCACUCUUUCGUAGGUCACCCAUCCUGUCUCAAGUUCUCCCCAGAGCUAACGGUUCGAGUGAAAGCCCUCCGCUGGCAAUGCAUCGAGUGCAAGACCUGCAGCUCAUGCCGUGACCAGGGCAAAAAUGCUGUGAGUAUACACAGUAAAAUAUUUCCUUAAUCAAUUUGAAAAGAUCUGUCACCUGCUUUGCUCUUUUUAAAAAAAAUUUUUUUAUUUAAAAUUCUGCUUUUCUAGUUUGUAUUAUUAAUAUGCAACUUUUUAUUCGUUCAGUGUAUCACAAUCCCGUGAUGCCUACUGCAUAAUGUAUAAGUAAAAAAUACAGCCUGUAUAAAAGAACACUUAUUCGUUUUUGAAUAAAAGUUAAUUUGCUUUACAAGUUUUUAAAAUUGUUUAAUUAUUUUAUUUUAUUUUUUUUAAAUCUCCUGCUCUGUAAAUUGAACUUUAAUCCCAUACAAAAGGCUCCUGCAGAGUGAUCAUGGUGCCUGGACUCUGUAUGUAAAACCUUUCACUGUGAAAUGCUACACAUACCAUGUUUAACACCUUAACUGCUGAGAUGAAACUCCACCUUCAGCAGCGUCAUGGGCAGUCAUCUGGCAUCCCGGGGACAAGACUUCUGGCCGGCUAAUGGAAUUAUUCCUAUGCACAAAUUUGCAUUCACUGGCUGAUAGCGGUUAGCUGAUUCUCUCCACCAAAGAAUGAGAGGCGGGAUGUCCUAAAUCUACCUACAUUGGAGGUGCCAGGCAGGACUAGGUAACAGGACAGACCGUUUUAAAACAGUUUGUCCAGUUACAACCUUUAUAACUAGUACAGCCGGCUGUAUUAGAUAAUAUGGUUGGCGUAACCCUUUAAAGAGUCAUCAAAAGCAUUCUGUCACUCAAAUUGUAAAGUUACUUGGAGGUAGCUGAGUGGAGAUAUCCCAUUUUCCAUUUAUUUUAAUUCAUAAUCCUUUGUAUCCAUAUAUCGAGCCAUAUGAAGUAAAAUCCCACAAUUUAGUAGAUAAUAAAUUUAAUACAGUACAUAUUAAAUAAAGAACAAUAUAUACUUCCCCCUCAUAGAGAGGGACCAUGACCAAUAUAUGUGAGUGUUUCCCAAGGCAAAUCUAGUUGCCAUUUUGGAGUCCAGGUGAAAUCUUUCCAUGUUGUGAUACAAUUAGAAAUUUCGUAAAAUCUGGUUUAUCUUUCGUUCUUUCUUUGUCAAAGCUUGAGUUGGGUUUUUCUUUUACCUGUAAUUUGUGGUCAAUACUUCACUUAGUCUUGCAGAAACAAGAAAUGCACUGAAAUUUAUUUUUGUAUUUUUCUCAGGACAAUAUGCUGUUCUGUGAUUCAUGCGACCGCGGGUUUCACAUGGAAUGCUGUGAGCCUCCUCUUACCAGAAUGCCGAAAGGUAAGUGUUUGGGAUUGGAAUCUAAAUCUACUUAAUACCCCAAAAAUUUAAGUUAAAAAUAAAAUGACUUGGUGAAACAGUUUGAAAUUUGGAACUUCCAGUGUCAAUAAACUAUAGUCGUUUUAAUGAAACAUAGGACAUGUAAUGUAUGAUUUGUAAGUCUCUCUCUUUAGGUUUGUUUCACAUCCAACAUUUCCUAAUCUUACAUAUGACUUUCCCUUCUUCCUCCACCCACCCUUCUUCUCCCUGUUUGUUUCUCAAUUUUUCAAGUGACUCCAGUUAUUAACCAUGCAUUUAUUUUCAGGCAUGUGGAUAUGUCAGAUCUGUCGACCUCGGAAAAAAGGUCGAAAGCUACUUCAUAAGAAAGCCGCACAGAUUCGGAGACGUUACACUAACCCCAUUGGGCGUCCCAAGAAUCGCUUAAAGAAGCAGAGUGCAACGUGAGUGUCUUCCUCUAUUCUAUUUAAAAAAAAUAAACUUCUCCAAGGGUGAGCAGAGCUUGGGGACCUGAGGAGAGCCAAUGUUUGGUUUUAUUUGCAUAGUGGACCUUUUAUCACUAAAAGGUAAUGGAGUGCAUAACUCCACAAUAUUCUUCUACCUAAAAUCAAAGUAAUUUUUUGACUGUUUCUUUGAAUUCUUACAGGACUAAAGGCCCAUUUGGGAAAGGUCGGGGUAAUCCAGGUCGAGGGAGAAGACGUAAGCUCUCAUCUUGCACAUCAUCAUCAUCAUCAUCAUCAUCAGAAGAAGAUGGCAGGAGCACUGACCCUUCUGCUGGCUCUGGUACAACAGUUCCUUUUAACAAAAAAACUAAGGGUCUUAUUGAUGGCUUGACAAAGUUCUUCACUCCCUCACCUGAUGGACGCAAGGCACGAGCGGAGGCACUUGAUUACUCCCUACAGCGGUCCCGCAAGAGAGGACCACGAAAGUCUGGACAGUCAGACUGGGGUGAGCAGAGCCUCGGGAUGUGAGGAGAAAGGGCUAUAGAUAGCAAAGAGCUGUUCUUGUGAUUACACACUUUAAAUGUGAAGUCAAGAUGUUCACACAUUCUUGCACAAACAUUAUGCGCUAUAAUUAUACGGCAUUUGUAUGUUAUGUAAACCCUUUCCUUUUCAUGCCCAGACAAUCACGAUGGUUGGGACAGCAAGCUGGAUAGUGAGGAUCGAAUUGGUGUGGUAUCAGAGAAAGAAAUUGAGCUCUUCCAAGAUAUCCAGGAGCAGGCACUGCAGGUAAAAAUAUCUCCACCCUCCCACAGAAAGCUAUGUGUAUUUUCAGUUUCAUUUUAUUUUUAUGCCAUUUAUAUUUGCGGAUGGUUGGCAGACUUGAAGGGGACACUAGUCACAAAAACAACCUUAUCUUAAUAAAGCAGUUUUUGGUGUAUAGUUCGUGCCCCUGCAGUGUCACUGCUCAAUUCUCAACAAUUCAGUAGUUAAAUUUUUUUUCUACAUAUGCAGCCCUAGUCACAUCUCCAUCACAGCCAGCGUAAAAAAUGUUUUCACUUUUAAUCAGAAGUCAACUUGCUUUUAAAGUUUUUAUCUCCUGCACUGCAAAUAUAACUUUAAUCACACACAGCAGGGUCCAAAAGACUAUUAACAGAGCAGAGGAUAAACAAAGGAUGUUUAAAUAUUAGAUGUAAUUUUACAGGAAGUGUUUAGGAAGGCUCUGCAAGUCACAUACAGGGAGGUGUGACUAGGGCUGUAUAAACAAAGUGACUUAACUCCUAAAUGGUAGAGAAUUAAGCAGUGAAACUGCAGGGGCAUGAUCUAUACACAAAAACUGUUUUGGCGACUAUAGUGUCUCUUUAAAGUAGACAUUAAGUGCAUAAGGUGUUAGGAUCUAACUUUGGUGCUUCUCUAUGGAAAAUAAAGUAUGUUAAUAUAUUUUUAGCAGCCAGAAAAUAGACAGAGUAACGGUUUUCUGGGAUUAAUCAGUUUGCACUGUUCUUUUUAUUAUUAUUAUUUUUUUUUUUAUUCAACUAUUUUUGUGUGUCUAAUAGCUACUAACCUGGUAAAAUGAUCACAAGUGGAGUUAAAGCUUAAGAUGCUGCGGACCUAGUAUCAUUGUCUGUGUGGUUACUAAUGCAUUACAUUUCUCACUAGCACUCUUAAAGUUAAUGUAUAUUGCGCUGUAAAGCAUUUAGUGGCAUCGGGCUCUAGUAUACACUCCUUAGGGUUUAUUUAAUGUUUCACUUCCUAGUUCAGUUUUAUUCAAUCUUUUACUAUACACAGCGUGAUCACACAUCCUAGCGCCCAUGGUGUAUGUAUUUUAAAGCAGUCAAUAACACCUGGUUCAUGUGUUUGUUUUUCUUCUGCAUCACUCUCUUCUAUAAGCAGUGGCAAGUUUACAUUUGACAGCCACCUUGGACCAAGAUGUAAACGAUUGUUCCCACAGCAUUACUUUUUAUGCUCUCUAUAGGGUGCAUUCGUAACAUGGACACAGGGCUGACACCUGUUGGCCACCGUGGUUUAAAUAAAAUAUUUUAGUACAAGAAAACCUCACUGUUAAUAUUAAUAAGCAAUUAAUCUUAUUCCCGUAGAUAUUUUUAAUGUAUCAGGAUAGCCUCUUGUUUAUCUUUUCCCUAUGUGUAUGUUUUAUUUUGGUCACUUCCCCAGCACUCUGCUAGUUAAUUGCCAUGUACCCAGAAGACGUUUACAGCCGUGCAUAUACCCACAGGAGAAUUCCCUGCUUCUGUCACCUAGGCACAGGGUGGAGGGGGAGGGAUAGAGGAGGGGAGAGCCCAGGGGAGGUCAGAUAAAGAGACACAAACAAGAGUGGAGAACAUAAGAAACAAGGGAGGGAAAAAAAGAGCACCUUAUGUGCACCCCAACUCAGUUCAGGUGUUCACACAAUGUGCAAACAGCUGUAUUGGAGUCCUGGGACCAGCCUGACACUUGGCAUUCAACUGGAGGAAAGUUUGGGAAAGGAAGCCCACAAUCAACUGCAAUUCUCUCAGGUCAGUUACCCUUACAUGCUUAGGUGUAAGACCUCUUACAGGACUUAACACCACUCCAGAAUCAGGUGAACAAGUAGUUUUGGAGUCCCACUGGGCACUGUGAUGUUCGUUUUAUAUAACAUGUAAAUAUACUACAAUUGUAAGUGUGUAAUUGCAGGUGACCAUCACUACUAACUUGUUAGUGUAAAGAAUCGUUUGACACUUAAAUACUGUUGUUAUAGAUUGUGCUAUAGCUACUCUUAAAAAAAAAAAAAAAAAAAUUGUGAUGGAGAAUCAAAUUUGCUGUAUAUUUAAAAACGCAAUCUGCUAAUCUUUACAUACUUAUGACCAGAUAUUUAAUUGCCCUGGUUCAUGCUCAUGUAAACCUCACAUUUAAAACAGAUCAGUCUUAAAAAUUUCAAAUUAAAGGUCCUCUACCAAGAGCAGUCUUUAUGCAAAAGUCUAGAAGUGGAGUUUAUGCCAUUGAAACCAGUGCAAUAUACUGCUAAUUGCUUGUGAAAAGUGAUAAGCUUGUUAUAUUUUCUCAUCUUUAAGUUGAAUUUCUGUCAGCGUGUCACUCUUAAUACCCAUAGUAUUUAAAGAGACACUAGUAGCUUGAAAUAGGUGUUUGAGGAUUAGUAGAAUGGCCCUGACAACUUACUGUUUAGAGUCCUUUUUUUUUUUUGUGCAUGAGAUAACAGAAGCAUGCUUGCAAUGCCACGACCGCAGUUACAGGCGAUUUGAAAACAAGCAUUAGUUAACAUUUGCACGGCAUUCAGAGAAAACCACAAUUUUCUAAAAUUUAUAAGACAAGCUAAAUACAGGCUAACUAUGUAUGUCUAUUGUGGUGGGUCACGUUGGGAUCGUCAAACUUGAGACCGUAAACAUACAGUGAUUCUAAAGUGUAAUAGUGAUUAGAGGCAGUUAAAUAUUGCCUAACUAGCUAGACUUUAGCUUAAGUUGCUUGAACUAGACUUUAUCAAGAUUAUCAGACAGGGUAUUGAGGGAGUAGUUAGAGGCUUGUUAGGUAUAGAUAUCCCCUGCUGCCUUAAUUCAAAAAGUGUUGCACUGCUGGAAAUCAUAAGUAAUAAAGGCAAACAAAAGGUGCAUGGGGAGCACAGUGUCAUAUAGAUAGAUAUAUUGCAGUGUCAUGAGUAUUCUGAGAAGGUACGCUUGCAUGUCAGGCUGGCUGCUCCGAUCCACCUGGAAGGCAGUCAUCCAAUACCCUGGCUGGAUUCAGAACGUUCGCUUGGGUAUAAUGUGUAAGGGUGGGCAGCCUUAUUGGACAAGUGUGAGGCGACUCUCUUGCCUUUCAGCCUGAGAUGGGACCAGCAUCACGCUGCUGCAAGCUUGGUAUCUGCAGGAGGACGCGGUUAUUCACAUCCAUUUAUGUAAAAUAUAUCUAGCUUUUAGAGAUCUGGAGUUCUCAAAACUUUUUCUCAUUUGCUAUAACAUAUGCAAUUGCAUGUAAGCUAGAGAUUGACUUAGUAUUCCCAGUGGUGGGUAAGCUCUUUAAAUAUGUGGCAUUUCUGGAGUCAGACUUUGUGAUAUUACUGUUUUUUACAGUCCGUUCCAUUAUCUACUUCUCUCACUGUCUCUGAUCCAGUCAGUUUCAUGUAUAACUUCUGUUCGCUUCUUGUUUAUCUUGCAGAAAGUUGGGGUUAAUGGCCCCCCUGACCCACAGGUACGCUGCCCUUCAGUCAUAGAGUUUGGGAAGUAUGAGAUACAGACGUGGUACUCUUCUCCAUAUCCACAGGAGUACACAAGGUAAGGGCAGAGAUUACACAAGUAAAGGUUUUAGCGUUUUCCUUCUUGUUCAGUGGCUCCAUGACAGGAGUUAUAUGAAGAGCAAGUUUUGGAAUCCUGAUGUUGAAAACAAAUUACAAUAAAGUUACAGCUGAUAUAGGAUAUGUUCAAAAUUAUUUAUUUUCAUUACUUCAGUGCAGCAUAAAAACAAAACAAAAAAUGAUGUGCUUCUGCUCUAGAGAUAAUUGUUAAGAAGGAAUGGCCAGGUCCUUGCCUCUGACCUUCUCCCUGUAAGUCCGCAUGGAACUUGCCCAUAACUUGUCUGUCUCACUUACUGCAGCCUCCAAGCACCAUAACUCCCUGUAGUGAUCAAACAUCUGUCUCUCUUUCUCUUUCAAACCAAUGUCAUGCAGUUUGACACUAACCAAGGGUAUCCAAGUGGCUUAGUUAAAGGAUUGGUUUAUUUCUAAUGGAAUUUUACACUUCUUUGUUGGAAAUAUCCGUAUGUCGGCAUGUCUGUAUUUUAACUUAUAUCGUUUUCUGGCAGGCUUCCUAAAUUGUACCUUUGUGAAUUCUGUCUCCGUUACAUGAAAAGUCGUGCUAUGCUACAGCAACAUACAAAAAAAUGCAGCUGGUACCACCCACCUGCCAAUGAAAUUUAUCGCAAGGACAACCUUUCAGUUUUUGAGGUAAGUGUCGUAAUACUCCAAAUUGGCAUUCUUCUUCAACAAAGGGUGACACACAGUUGUGCAUUGGCUUAUGUAGUUAUUGUAGUUUCAUCUUCACGUUUGUGAAUCUAUAAAGUAGAGCAACUUUUCUUCCUCUUCAUCUCAUGCUCUCUCUUGCUCUUUUUUAUGCAUCUGCUUUAUUGAGCAGAUGAAUACUUCAUGCCAUUGUACAAAACCAGUUAUUAUUAUUAUUAUUUAUAAACCGCCAACAAGUUCUGUAGCGCUGUACAAUAGAGUGGACUAACAGACAAGUAUUGGUAACCAGACGAGUUGGACACACAGGGACAGAGGGAUUGAGGGCCCUGCUCAGUGAGCUUACAUGCUAGAGUUAGGACUGUAUGCAGUCAAUAUAACAUAGCAAGCUGAGUGCUUUAAGGGACUGAAGUGGUGUUUUAAGAUUUGAGGGGCAAUGAGAAGAGGAGCUGCAGUCUUAUCAAUAUUCACCUUCUAUCCUGAGACCCAUUAGACUAUUUCCAAGAUAUUUAUUAAAGUAGCUAGCGAAUCAAAUCACAUGACUUAUUAGAGAAUAGCAAGGUGUUAGUAAUAUAGACUGACGCUUUACUGACUUACCAGCAACUAAACAGCCAUUGAUGUCCCUUAACCGCCAAAUUAAAUAGAGGAGGGUAUCUAAGGAUACAGUAAACACAGGUCUAAAGCACACUACCAGGACCAUUCAUUAUAGAGAAACAUUUUGGUAAGAAGCCUGUUAAGACCACACAAUUCUCAGGAGUCAAAAUGAGCAAACUGCUCCUAUGAAUCUUUUGAGGAAACAGAACAUUUUUAGCAAAUAAUGCAAAUAAGGCUAUUCUGACAUGUUAAAUUACUUCUUCUCAGUCCAGAGUUGGGAGCAAGAAAGUGCCUGAGAGAGAUUAACUAAAGUCUCUGCUCUCUAACAUGCUCCUUACACAGUGAGAUCUAUACUGAUGAUCUUAGUCCAAGAUCUCAGUCUCAUAGAGAAGCUUUGGGGCCAUACAGCACAUGUGAAGCAAUCACCAUACUCUGUCAAUAUGAUGCUUCUCACUGAAGCACUCACUUCUACUUUGAACAAUAGCUAAAAGCUAGGGGGUCAAGAAACCCUUUUGGCUGUCAGGUUUACCAAGAUUUAGAUGUGUUGCUAAAAUCAAUAAAAAAUGUGCCAGUUUUCCGUUACAAUUGGCACAUUUAUACCCUUUAGUGGACAUGCAGUUGAUUCUUAAAGUACCUAAGCAAGCUGAAGUGCUUUAAUAUUAGUCUUCCUUUAAGUAUGCCAACUUUGAGCAUAUGAUGGGCUUGCCAACAUUUGGUAUUCUUUAUACUAGGCACUAAACUUCAGUUAUCCGUUUCAUAUAAACUGUAAUUCAGGCAGAUGGCUGAAAUUUUUUAUCUCCCAAGCACCAUGUAGAAUUAAACUGCGCAAACGAGAAGGCGAUGCGUGUGUUCAAAUUCUUCCGGAUUAGGGAUUCCAUCCAUAACACCAAGAGAAAAAAACUAAGCAUGAUUGAUGGGGGGAAUGUGAAUGCCACUACACCUUUUUUACAGUACACUGGCACAUUUUUGUACACUUUUUGGUCUCUCAGAAUGUUUUCCCGAAUAGUUUUUCACCAUUCCACCGAAUCAUCACACGAAAAAGCGUUUAACGUCACAAAAUAAGUUACAUUUUUGGAAAAAUUAUUUGUCCGAAUUGAAACCUUCCCCUCCACGCACUCCAAGUCUACUAUGCCCUACAUUUCCCUGUAGGGUCUUCCUGAGGAACAUGUAUAGUCACGAAUAAAAAUGUUGGUGUGGCUGGUCAAUGUGCCUUAAUGAGUUUUAUUUAUCAUUUCUUAUUUUAGGUGGAUGGAAAGGUGAGCACCAUUUACUGCCAAAAUCUUUGCCUUCUGGCUAAGCUCUUCCUUGACCACAAAACUCUCUAUUACGACGUGGAACCUUUCCUCUUCUAUGUUCUGACACAAAAUGACCAGAAAGGCUGUCACCUGGUUGGAUAUUUCUCCAAGGUAAGCUAGAAUGGUCUGCUGUGCCACACGUCUUUUCUCUUUUAGAAUAAGGCUGUCCUCUGAUUCAGCUGCUUUUCUAAGUAGGUUACUCAGGAUCCAUUCUUUCUCCAUGAGCUAAUUCCAGAUGGCAAGUUGACUGGGAAGAGUAAUGAGCACUCGUGACUGUGUGGUUGUGUCUCUGUGCUAUCAUUGUAGGUCACGUUACAACUUGAGAUCUUUUAUGCUCCUCAAACACAUUUAUUUAUUUAUUAUUUUUUCUCUUCACAUACGCUGAAAAUGUGGAAUGUGGUAAUCUUGUUACUUUUUCCCUUUUAUUUAUUUAAAAAAUAUAUAUUUUUAAUUUUUUUUUUUAAGUACUACUACUCUGGUAGUGGGUUGUGAGUCUUUCUUCUAUAGUUACUGUUCAUGAAGUAAUGUGGGAUCAAACAUGGAGACAAAUGAGGAGACAAAUAUAUUAAAUGCAAGUUUAUAUCACUAAGGUAAUGAAAUGCUUUCCAUAAAAAAGCAUUGAAAACUUAAACACCCUGAAAUGUUAAAUAUAAGGUUUGGCAUUUCUGAAAUCAUCUUAUUAUAUUGGAGACAGGGUAGUAUAUGACUGAGAUCAUUACAUGUGUGUAGUAUAUAUUUUUGCAAUAUUGCAAAAUAUCAGCAAAUCCAACAUUAUAAUUCUGAAAUAUUAGUAAGAAUAUUACUUCCCGUCCAGAUCCCUGCUUGAAACUUGAUAUGGGUACUCUUCUGAAGGAACACAAUUUUUUAUAUUCCUAUAUAUUUACCAUGUCAUAUUAUUUUUUACUAUAUUAUAUAUAGUCUUGUAGCAUAUCAAACAAAACUUGUUAACACAAUUAUGCUUGUUUUAUUGAACUAUCUCAAUCCUGGCCUUUUUAAAAUUCCUAUGAAACUUCCUGUCUUGUAUUAAAAUUUGUAUUGGAUUACUCAACAUGGAAUGACCAGUUUAGACAGUCAAUUUAACUCUUUCAGGUAAAAGUUUGGCCAAAUCCUUUAUGCUGGAUAGUUAUGACAUUGUUUUGAAAUGGGUAUUCUUUUAUACUUCUUUUAUUCUUAUACUUUAGAUUUUUCUAAUUGAAAAUUAAUUUCAAAUUUAGUUUUAAAUAUGUUUUUCACAGUUUUUUUUUUUUUUUGGGUUGUCUAAAAUUUGUAAUUCACUUUGAAUUAAAAACAAUUCAUAAUUUGGUGAAUUAUCCCCAUCGAUAUUCUCCUUGGAAGGUUGUUCCUUUUCAGCUUUGGUUUAUCCUCUGGUUAUUAACUAUAUGCGACUUUAUUUUGGAUACUGAUAAGUGUGUAUGUGGAAUUUUGUCAAAAUGGUGAAAGAGAAAAAAAAAAAAGAUACUAGAAAACUUGGAUCACCUGGUAGUGUUAAUAACGGAGUACACAUUCAAUUUAGUGUUCAUAGCGAUGAGGCUUUCUAUAAUCUGUAUUCAGUUUGAAAUUAACAGGAAAAUGUUAAUUACACAAUUGUAACCUUUCAGAGAAUUAGUAAUUGCCAUUACUACGGCUAGUAAUUUUAUUUUUCAAUUUACUACGAUCUGCUGUUUUGAAGGAAAUGCUAGUUUUGGUCAGUAGACAUAUUCGGCAGCAAGGAGCAUUGGUUUAUCAGAAGGUCAGUUAUGUGUUUUAGUUCAGUAGCUGCACACCAGAAUGAUGUGCCAACUGUUUGUAGCACUGUGACAUUCAGCGUGAUGUCACCUCUUGUUACAUAGGGCAAUGCAGAUUUUUAGAGUGCUAAAGAGAGUUGGUGAAGUGUUUUUUUUUUUUUUGAGGAAAGCUUUGUUUUACAUGAGUGGCUGUGAUUAACAUGUGCUACUGUAAUAUUUUAACUAUAAUUUGCUUUGCUCACAUAAGCUUUAACGAGAUGCACAUGCUGCAGGAAACCUGGUUGAUUAUUAUGUUCACUUCAGUAUGCUCCCUUUGAGACCCAGGAAGGAGUUUGUGCAAGUGCUGAUGACACAGACUUGAAAUCUGCUGUCUAAAAUAAAGGUGGACGCUUGCCAUAAAAAUCUACACCCCCAAGCAUGUUGUAUAGUGGUAGUAUCCUUGGCACCCCCACCAUUGUAGGUAGUGAAAAAUUUUGCUGCUAGGAGCAUCAGUGGCCCUUCAGGGAUAGCGUUAGUUUAUGACUCUCAACCAAUGAGCCAUGUCUUGUGUCCUACUGGGGCUUAGGUCUGAUAGAGAAUUACUGGAAGGGACAAAGACUGGGGCACCAAAACCACUACAGUGCUUUUAAACAACAUUUCCACCAGUUAAUUCUUCUUUGUGUUUUGAGAGAAGAUUGUUGCAUCACGAAGGUCCACAAAUACAAAAAGCAGCUGUAAACCUGUAUGGCAAUAAAGACAUAGGAAAUCACACACAUGAUUUUGAGCUGCUCACUGUAGGAUAUUUACCUUUCAACACUUUAUGAUAGGAAGCUCCGUACUCAUUGCUCUGUGUUUCAUAAGAAUCCUGGACAUUAUUAUUAGUAGUAUUUAUAUGGUGCCAGCUUAUUCUGCAGCGCUUUACAAUAAAAGGGGAAUUUACCAAAUGAGACCACAAAACGUAACAAAAUGUAAUAGGAACAAUAGGUUAUUCAAAACCCUGCUCAAACGAGCUUACAGUCUAAAAGAGGUGGGAUAUAAAAACACAAUUGGAAGGGUAUUGAGAUAGACGGCAAAUAGACAUGGUGGGAAAGUAGCAGAACUGGAAGUGAGAGUGGAGUGUGGCCCUUUAGGAGAGAGCAAGAGGAAGGUUUGAGAGAUAGACGUUACUCUUGGAGGCCAUAAGCAAUCCUGAAAAGAUGGGUUUUGAGGGACUUCUUAAAGGAUUGAAGACAAGGGGAGAGUCUGACAGGGGUAGGCAGGCUGUUCCAAACGAAAGGAGCCGCCAGUGAGAAGUCUUGCAGGCGUUUAUUUGCAGUAAGGGUGCGAGCAGCAGAAAGGAGAAGGUCACCAGUACAGCGGAGAGACAGAGAGGGGGCAUACCUAUGAAUCAGUGAAGAAAUGAAAGUGGGGCUAGAGUUAGCUAGAACGUUAUAGGUAAUGGUUAGUAUUUUAAAUUGACACCUGUAGGGGACAUGAAGCCAGUGUGAGAAGCGACAGGAGAGAAAGAUCAGCCUUGCAGCAGCAUUCACCACAGAUUGUAGGGGGGCUUUACAGCUUCUGUGGAGACCAAUUAGGAGAGAAUAACAGUAAUCGAAGAGAUUAUUAGAGCAUGGACAAGCUCCUUGGCAGUAUCUUGCGUAAGAAAGGGGCGUAUGUGGGCAAUGUUUUUAGCAACAGACUGGGCCUGAGGCGCAAAGGUGAGGCCAGGAUCAAAAGUGACACCAAGACAGCGAGCUUGAAAGGAUGGUGUGAGGCAGGUACCAUCAACCUGCAGGGAGAGUGAAGGAGGAUGAUCAGUGUUAUGAGGAGGAAAAAUAAGAAACUCAGUUUUAGAGAUUGAGUUUCAGAAAGCAGGAGGACAUCCAGUCAGAGAUAGAAGAAAGGGAAUUGGUGACACGUUGUAGGACAGUGGGGGAGAGGUCAGGGGAGGAGAUAUAUAUGGGUGUCCACAGGUGAUAGUGGAGAGGCAGUAUAGAGAGAACAAAAGGGGACAUAAUAUUUUUUUUUUUUUUUAAGUAAGCUAUAACAUUUACCUAAAGGAUUUCAGCCACUAUAGCUCACUGUACUAGUGAUGGCGGUAGGUAGGAGUAUCUGGCGCCUGUCUCUUACAUGGUCCUGUCAGGUCUCGGUUGUAGGUUCUGCAAAGAUGCAGGAGCUGGAUGUCAAUCCUGCCGCUUAUUAUUUGCUGAGAUCAUCCGCUGAACCUUCUCCGCCUACAAAUGAGUGUCUGUGCUUUUGAAAUUUGCUUUUAGUGGGAGUUACACCUCAUGCAACAAAGGGUUUAUACUCUGUAUGUGCAACAUUUCACGAUAACAUAAAAUAGAUGUGCUGUUCUUACAUUUGUGUGCUUUUUGUUGCCUCUUCUUCCUUCACUACUUUAGGUGGAAAUUGGUCUGAGAGAUCAGGGAAGAAUGAGAAAGCUUCUUAAAAUGGGGGAUCUUACUGCUCAAAACAAUUUAAUUUGAGCAUUAGAAGGCUCAAGGCCAUGUUGGUGGCUUUCUCCCAUUUUUAUAUAUAUAUAUAUAUAUAUAUAUAUAUAUAUAUAUAUAUAUUUUUUUUUUUUUUUUACUGUGUUGCAGGUCCCCCCAUUCUUCUACUUAAACUAAAGGAGCACUAUAUGGUCAGGAACACAAACAUGUAUUCCUUAACCCUAUAGGGUUAAAACCACCAUCUAGCCACCCUGAUCCACUUAUGCCUCCCUAAAUAUAGUAAAAUCUUACUAGUAUUCAAGUCUGGAGCUGCUUGCUUUGUCAAUGUUUCCUUUUGACCUGCCCACUACCUGCUGACAUCAUCAGAAGUGGUAGCCUGAUCCAAUCACAAUGCUUCCCCAUAGGAUUAGCUGAGACUGACAGAGCCAGAGCCAGCAUGAUUCAAACACAGCCCUGGUCAAUCAACAUCUGUCAUAUAGAUGAAUUGAAACAAUGCAUCUCUAUGAGGAAAGUUCAGUGUCUGCAUGCAGAGGGAGGAAAUACUGAAUGCUUGGAUGCAUUUUAGGCAGCCAUGGCCCAGGAAGGAUCUCUUACAGCCAUCUGAGGAGUGACCAGUGAAGUUAUCACUAGGCUGUAAUGUAAACACUGCAUUUUCUCUGAAAAGACAGUGUUUACAGCAAAAAGCCUGAAGGUAAUGAUUCUACCAGAACAAAUUCAAUAAGCUGUAGUUCUGGUGACUAUAGUGUCCCUUUAAGUCAGCACAUAUGUUUCCUGCUCACUGUUCUGACCAAGCUCAUUUUGGAAAUUUUAACAGUGAUAAUAGAAUACUGUACUUUUAAAAGCCUAGAUGUAUUAGCAAUGUCUGUGACAUUUUGUUUGCAGUCUGUUCCACCUAUUACUGGCAUUAGAUAGUCGAUUUGAGAACAUGUCCACAAGGUGGCAGAACAGACUUGCUCUUGACCUUCCUGCUCUGGGUUUGUACUGAAGGAACAAUACUAUAUGUUAACCACUAUCAUGGACUGAAGGCCAUUUGUAUGCAAUCUUUUGGUGGGGUCAUUAUUGGGAGUCAAAAAGCAGUCAAAUCUGAAUGCUUAAUAUAGCAUAGCAUUGUUAUACCAGCACAUAGUGCCCACAUCUUCUUAUGCAGGGAAGAAUUGCUUGCUGGUUAUAAAUGCUCAUUGCAUAUUUUGUUUUCUCUUUUGCAACACAUAACAUUUUCACUGUCUUGUAUCUUUAGGAAAAGCACUGUCAGCAGAAAUACAACGUGUCCUGCAUAAUGAUCCUCCCCCAGUACCAGAGGAAGGGUUAUGGCCGCUUUCUCAUAGAUUUUAGUAAGUGAAAAAAUAUGCAUUCAAUGUCUCUAGAUUAAACCCUUGAUGUUUCUUUAAUCUACAUCUGUUAACCAAAAUGUCUGCAUUGUGGCUUACUCUGACUGGAUUUGUACAAAAACGUAAAAAAUAAAAAAAUGGCAAGAGCAUUAGCUACCCAUACACUCGACAAACCACUUUAUUUUCCUAUUGCUAAUUUAUUUUUUCCUUUUUCAAAGGUUACCUCCUGUCUAAGCGUGAGGGACAGGCUGGGUCUCCAGAAAAGCCACUCUCUGAUCUGGGCCGUCUCUCUUACAUGGCAUAUUGGAAGAGUGUGUUACUUGAGUGUCUGCACCAAAAUCAGGAGCGGCAACUGAGUAUUAAAAGACUUACCAAGCUAACUGGUAUUUGCCCUCAGGAUAUUGCAGCCACCUUGCAACAGCUGCAUAUGCUAGAGCUACGAGGAGACUGGUAAAUCUUAUCUGAUUUUCUCUACUCACUAUACUUUUAUAUUUUCUUACUUCCCGCCUUUUUUCCCCCUUCAAUCCUCUUGUAGUUCUCAAUGUUUUAGAGGUUGUUUUUUUUUUUUUUUCUCUUACGUUCCCUCCGUUUUUAUUUAGCAUUGUGUUGGUGCGCCGAGAACAGCUAAUCCAGGCUCACAUGAACCGCCUGCAUGCCCGACCAAGGGAGGUGGACGUUGAUCCUGAAGCUUUAAGGUGGACACCAGUGAUUGUCACAAAUUCUGUAGUAUCAGAUGAUGAUGAAUCAGAGGAUGAAGAGGAUGAAGAACAAAGGCACCAAUUGAAAGACAGCAGUGUAAGUUUUUAUUGAAGAUAUAUCAUUAUAGCUAAUUUUGAUCUGUCAUGAUAGACCUUAAAUGAUCCCAGCCUAACACAAACCCUUCCUCGGUAUGUUUUUGGAGCUGAAAAUGAACAUAUACAUCUAGUGUAUCUACAUCCACAGCUAGUGGUUGCAAUUUGCUUUUCUUCCUAUGAGGUUAUGGAAGAUUAGUUGCAUUAGUAGUAUAGCAUGCUACAAUGUUCAAGCUCUAGGGAGUUACCACACCUGUAAAAAGUAUUGGGAAAUAUUUAGUUAAAAAGAAAAUUAAUUGUCUUGAGACCAAUUGUAUGUCAGUCUGAUUGACUUUGACCUCACUAGUUGGUAAAACAUUCUAAACCAUUUUAACUAUUCUUUCUGAAAGAAACAAAAAUCACUGGCUAAGAUUUAUUUAUUUUUAUUAUAGCCGUUUGGCCUCAUUAUGUUCUGACUCCAAUAUUUUUAUUUUCUGUUUUGCUUUUCCUUUCUAUUUCUUUGAUUUAAUACAAUUCUGUUGUAUUAAACGGUUGUGCUGAAUUAAACCGUGACUGUGUAAAAAGCCUUGUUUCUGUUAGGAUUGGUUUAAAUACAUAAUAAAUAAGAAAAGAGCAGGUAUUUAGGAACAUGCCCCAGUAUGUGUAAACAAAAUUAGUGACAUUGUUAUUUCACUCUUGGCCACAGAUGCUGAGAAGUAUGGAUUUUAAGGAGCGAGACAAAUGUCCCAUCUUGGAGAAAGAGAAAAGCCCGCCUCCUAUUCCAAAUCGUUCCUCAUCACCACCAUCUCGAUAUCCACACCCUCAGUUUCAAGACCUGUUCCGGGAUAGCUUGCCAGCCAACAGCCAACCUCCAGGGAGAGGGCGGCGAGGAAGGCGUGCUCGACGGGGCAGAGGUCUUCGUGCUUCUUCCAACCGAGCAGCUGACCUUCUGAGGCUGUUGGCUAGGGAACCUCCAGGUCCUCCUAGGCGUAAUGGAGAACGGGGCCGUUCUGGAUCAAGGAGGGGAAGGCUGAAGAGAAUUGGAGCCCCUAUUUUACGAAGAGAUUUUUUGGAACACCAGGAGAGGCUUUCACAACAUUAUAAAAGUGAUCAUCAACAGCUGAGAAGAUUUAGCGAGAGCAGUGAGGAGGAAGAUGAUGAUGAUGAUGAUGACGACGAAGAGACCCACAGUCGUCGAUCAGAAUCACCACCUAUUCUGACUAAGCCUACACUCAAACGCAAGGUGAAGUUUUAUGCAUAUUAAGAAUGCAUACGCAUAACUUGUGCAAAAUGCAUGUUUGUCAAAGAAUGAUAUAUUCUACAAUAUUGCAUUAACUUAGUGGCCAUCAGUGUUCGCAUAAUUUUAUUUAUUAUAUUCAUAAUGCAAAUGUAUUGAUUUUAGUGUAUUUCUAGCUUUCUGUUUCAGUUAUUUACGAUGGUGAAAUGACUAGGUAUAGUGCAAAUGUAGGUGUUGAGGUACUUUUUAGGGUAACCCCUUUUAAAACAGAUGUCUCAUUACAAGUCUCUUCUAUCUAGAGUCUAAUAUCUAGACUUUAGUUAUUCUAGCCUCAUUACUAUUAAAGUAUAGCUUACUCACUCUGUCUUGUAUCCCAUGUAUGUUUCUCUCUUAUGUGUAGGGGGCAUUAAUCAUAACAUUCGGUUAUAAUCUUGAAGAUGAAAGUAGUGUAUUACUUGCGUGGGACACUAAAGUAUAUUCCUCACUUUUCUCUCCUAUUUUUAUUUCAGAAGCCAGGAGUUUAUAGAAAGCGUCGUGUGCGGCGACGCAAGCACCACCAUAACAGUAGUGUAGUGACUGAGACCAUAUCGGAAACCACCCAAGUACUAGAUGAACCUUUUGAUGACUCUGACUCUGAGCGGCCAAUGCCAAGAUUGGAGCCUGAAGAGGAGGGCAAUGGUCGUGGUGCCUCCUUUCCCCCUGGCUAUUUCCCCUACCUCACCAAACAUACUUUACUUAGACGUAAUCGCCCAUUAAGCAAGAGGAGAAUUUGUACAGAGCCAUCCCAAGGUAAGCUGCCACAGCUCAAAAGUAGAGUGUAGAGCACAAUUAUGUAUGCAUGAUCACUGUGCCUUUUAUUUUGAACUUGUGUUUCUCAAGUUACAAUGUGUGUUUUUUUUAGAUCAAAUAAUCUUUAGCAUGUUUCCACACUACACCUACAUAAACUUUGUUUAUGUAUUUUUUUUUAUUUUUUAUUUUAGGAUCAACAAUACAGCCUCCUGCCUCAACUAUACGUUCCUCAGAAGAGAAUGUAUCCACACCUGAUGCCUGCACCCCUGCCCCUGUAAAGAAGAAAGGCUGGCCAAAGGGUAAGAGCCGGAAACCAAUCCACUGGAAGAAGCGUCCAGGGCGGAAACCUGGUUUCAAACUGAACCGUGAGCCUCCACCAGCUGCACCUAUCCAGCCUCCACCUCCCAGGCCCAUCCGGAAAUCAAGGACAAGGGAAGAAGAGGAGCCUCCUAGAGAAGAGCCACUUGAGACAAAAGAGCAGCAAGAAGAAGAGGUGGCUCCAGUUGUGGUGGUGAAAACUAGAGAUGAGGAAGAUAAUAUCACUGAUGCUCUGCAACCAUUAUCCCCUUCUGAAAGCAGCAGUAGCAGUAGCUGUGAUGGCUCAUCCAGGGAAACUGAACAAAAUCCCCCAUCCCCAGAAAGACUACCAGAAACUGUAGAUGAGCCACAGCUCGUGGUGGAAGAGAUUGAGCAAGAAGAAGAGGAGGAGGAGGAAAGAGUUGAAGAAAACAAGGAGGUUACUGUGACUUUUGUGCCCAACCAGCAGGAAGACCAUGAUGCAGAUGAUGAAGAUGAUGGUGCAAAAGAGAUUGAAGAAGUUGAGGAGCUAGAGCAAGGACCUGCCCUUGAAGAUCCUGUUCAGCAGGAGCCAUCUGUAGUAAGUGGAAGUGAAGAGGAGGAAAAAGGAGAGAUUGUGCAUGAGGCCACAACAGAAGUGCCUGAUCCGCCUUGUUUGGAGGUGGAAGAGGAGGAGGAAGAGAGUCCACAGAAAGUAGAUGAAGAGCAGAAAGAUGAUGAAGAAGGGGAAGAGGAAAUUCCACAUACAGAGCUUGACUUGGAGACUGUGCAAGCUGUUCAGUCACUAACACAGGAAGAGGGCAGUGAACGUGAUGAUGGCGCAUAUGGAGACUGUGAAGAUGAGACUCUAACAGCCUGUCAGACUUUGCAGAGUUUUACACAGGCAGAAGAGGACCCUCAGAUAGGCUUGUCCGAGGAGUGCCACCCCUCUGCCCAUGACAGCCCAAUUUCUUCUGUUCAUUCUCAUCCCAGCCAGUCAGUUCGAUCAGCCAGCAGUCCGAGCAUUCCAUCUGCUUUGGAAAAUAAUGGAAAUAGCGGCUACCCACAAAUUAGCCCUGAUGCAGGUUCCCUUUCUGCUCCUUCUAUGCAGAACCUCGAGACGACUAGUCCCAUGAUGGAUGUACCCUCUGUUUCGGAUCAUUCACAACAGGUUGUGGAUAGUGGUUUCAGUGACUUGGGCAGCAUUGAGAGCACGACAGAAAACUAUGAGAACCCCAGCAGUUAUGACUCGAGCAUGGGAGGUGGUAGCAUCUCCUCACAGAGCAGUUGUUCUUAUGCCAGUGGUGGAAAUAACAGUGGAGCUGGGGGAUUGCCCUCUUCAGCUAGUAUGGCACAGAAUGGUUGUGCAGUGAGCCAGCAAAUGGCUGGCAUGGCAAGCAUGAUGCAGACAACACAAGCGUGUGGGAUUAAGUCACCUCAGAGCUGUGCCUCAGAGCGACCUCCUAGUAGCAACAAUCAGCAGCCCCCACCUCCACCUCCUCCACCCCCAUUGCCACCACAGCAGCCCCAACCACCCCCACAGCAACAGACCCCUAUGUCCCAAUGCAGCAUGAACAACAACUUUGGCCCCUCACCUAUGAUAAUGGAGAUACCAGACCAGAAUAAUGGCAGCAAUCUCAGCAUCUACCCGGGGGAUUUUGGGGCUGGGAGUUACUCCCAGCCUUCAGCUACCUUCAGCUUAGCCAAGUUGCAGCAACUUACCAACACUAUCAUGGACCCUCAUGCUAUGCCUUACAGCCAUGCUCAGGCUGUCACCUCCUAUGCAAAUAGCGUGUCCCUUUCCAAUUCAGGCCUUUCCCAGCUCACCUCUUCCCACCCCCUGGCGGGACCACCCCAAGCACAAGCCACCAUGACCAGUCCUUCAAUGAACCUCCUUCAGUGCAACAUGUCAGCUGGCAACCUGGGCAUCCCCCACAGCCAGCGUAUUCAGAGCCAGAUGCCUGUCAAAGGGCACAUAUCCAUUCGCUCCAAAUCUGCACCACUUCCUGCUGCCCCAUCUCCUCACCAGCAGCAGCUAUAUGGGCGUAGCACACCAGGCAUGCAGCCAGCCGCCCGGUCACUUACCGUCCAGCGGAGCAUGAACAUGGGUGUCAACCUUAUGUCCACUUCACCGUACAAUGUCAACACCAUGAACCCACUCAAUGCCAUGGGCGGGUACCGCAUGUCCCAGCCUAUGGUCAACAGUUCUUAUCACAGCAACGCAGCCUAUAUGAACCAGACAACACAGUAUCCCAUGCAGGUUGGCAUGGGCAUGAUGGGUGCCCAGGCCUAUACCCAACAACCUAUGCAGCCGAAUCCCCAUGGAAAUAUGAUGUACACACCACCCCCACACCAUUCCUAUAUGAAUUCCCCUCCUGUCCCCAAACAAACUCUUAACUCCCCUUACAUGCGAAGAUGAGAGGGGGGGGGCACCGGUGCCACCCCAGAAAGUACCCACCUGACCUUCAAAGUUCUCUUGCAGACUAUAAAUAUGGCCUUUUAUACUGACAGGACUUUUAUUCCCUAUCCCUUAUAUCCCGUUGCUGUAGAUUUAAUAUUCUAUGUUUUUUAUUGUUAUUUUAUUUCCCCUUACAAAAAAAUGUAAUUUUGUGGGGGUUUUCCUGUUUUUCUUUUCUGUAGAAAGAUUUAUUAUUAUUAUUAUUAUUAUUAUUUUUUUUGUAAC